AUGGAGGGAGGGGAACAGAGGGACGAGGGAGGAGGAGACAUGAGGGAGGAGGGAGAGGGAGAGGGGGGACGAGGGAGGAGGGACAUGAGGGGAGGAGGGAGAGGACAGGGAGGAGGGAGAGAGGGACAGAGGGAGGAGGGAGAGGGACAAGGAGGAGAGAGAGGAGAGGGAAGAGGGAGGAGGGAGAGGGACAGAGGGAGAGGGAGAGGGAGGAGAGGGACAGAGGGAGGAGGGAGGGACAGAGGGAGGAGAGGAGAGGGACAGAGGGAGAGGGACAGAGGGAGGAGGGAGAGGGACAGAGGGAGGAGGGAGAGGGAGAGGGACGAGGGAGAGGAGGAGAGGGAGAGGGAGAGGGAGAGGGAGAGGGACAGAGGGAGAGGGACAGAGGGAGAGGGGAGAGGGACAGAGGGAGAGGGACAGAGGGAGAGGGAGAGGGACAGAGGGAGAGGGAGGAGGGAGAGGGACAGAGGGACAGAGGGAGGAGAGAGGGAGGAGGGGAGGGACAGAGGGACAGAGGGAGGAGAGGGAGGAGGGACAGAGGGAGGAGGGAGGGAGCGGUAUCCUCAGAUCCUCUGGUCCUGGAGGGUCCUCUGUCAUAUCCUUUCUUUGUCCUGCUUUUCCCUGCAACACAAUUAUCCAGGGAGCAAACUUUCACUGGAAUGUGAUAUAAAAACCAGGCAAUGGUGUGGUUCAGUACCAUGCGGACGCCUCCGAGGGGGUCCGGUAGGCUGUUUGGAGUGUUUAAAACAAAAAUAAUGUCCCCCUGCAAUGAUCUCUUCACAUUACCAAUAGUUAGUCUGGUAUUAUUGGGUUCCCAGGUCAACAUUAGUCUCUGAUUUAUCAGAUUUUAGCCAUACAAACAAUCAAUCAAUCAAUCAGUCAAUCAAUACACCCCUGGCCUGGUCUGAUCUGAAUGAACUGGAGUGAUGAAAGUACCUGUCUUUAGUUUGUAGAAACAAGUGAACGCACACAACGACACUCCUAUCGAAAGUAAAAGUAAAUGGAAGUCUUGCGAGCGACGCGGCAUCUCUUAACUUUCAGACGCGCAACAAACGGCCACAAAGUGCACGGGUCGUUCAAGGACAGCUGCAGCUUUUAAUGCAUAGGACACGGAUCAUAUAGGAAGCUGUUGCGUUUACCGAGGGAUGGAGACACUCGACGCCCGCCUGACAGGUGAGAUUUUAGGGGGUAUUUUUCCAGCCGGUCUCCUCAGUAUAGUUGAAUUGCAUGGAGGUUGUCUGUCUCCCAACGCACUUGCACUGAUAACAUAACCACUGAAAUAAAGUGAAAUAAAACCCAUAUAUUUUAUUGAAAAGACAAUAAAUAUAACUUGUUAUGCACUAUUUAUUUCGGAGUUUACUGUUUUUAUAUUUAUAUUUGUAAAUCAAUUUUAUUUCGCCGUACCCUGCGUGUGAAUGAUUGCGUGGGGCGUGUGAUUUGAUGUUCUGGGGGGAUUCCAGUGCAGCAAAAAGAGAGAAAGUGAGUCGCCUGGUGUCUUCUUUGGUCCGGUAGAGUUGUUAUCUCCGCUCUUGUUGUUCAGAUGGAAUAAUACUGUGUUGCAAUCUUAUCUUCUGUAAUGUUUCAUGUUGUGUGUUUGGCAGCUUAUCAGGCAUUUAUUAUUUUAUUAUAGAACUUGUAUCAUGUCGUCGUCGUCGUCCCCCCCCCCCCCCCUCCCCCUCCCACGUGUUUCACAGAGCAAUACAACUGUGACGCCUGAAAAAAAAAAAAAAAAAACAUGGCGGUCAUUAUUUCGUCUGUUUAUUUAGGACAUCAUUUAUUUUCUGAUCUGUUUUAAUAUAUGGAUGUGGUUACAAUCAGGCUCCUCUGACUGUCUGCCAGGGUCUCUGCUGCAGCCCAUAGCCUACUUAUAGAGGCAAUCAACAACUGGAACACCAGUCUGUCUGUUUCAGCUUUGGACCAGAGACAUUAUGUUUAUUAUAUACACCUAGACACCUUAUUGAGAGGUCCUGAUGCUAGCGUAGAGACCGUAACCCAACACCUUAUUGAGAGGUCCUGAUGCUAGCGUAGAGACCGUAACCCAACACCUAGACACCUUAUUGAGAGGUCCUGAUGCUGGCGUAGAGACCGUAACCCAACACCUAGACACCUUAUUGAGAGGUCCUGAUGCUAGCGUAGAGACCGUAACCCAACACCUUAUUGAGAGGUCCUGAUGCUAGCGUAGAGACCGUAACCCAACACCUAGACACCUUAUUGAGAGGUCCUGAUGCUGGCGUAGAGACCGUAACCCAACACCUAGACACCUUAUUGAGAGGUCCUGCCUGAUGCUGGCGUAGAGACCGUAACCCAACACCUAGACACCUUAUUGAGAGGUCCUGAUGCUGGCGUAGAGACCGUAACCCAACACCUAGACACCUUAUUGAGAGGUCCUGAUGCUGGCGUAGAGACCGUAACCCAACACCUUAUUGAGAGGUCCUGAUGCUGGCGUAGAGACCAUAACCCAACACCUAGACACCUUAUUGAGAGGUCCUGAUGCUAGCGUAGAGACCAUAACCCAACACCUAGACACCUUUAUUGAGAGGUCCGGUUCUCUAAUGGCUAAAUUGUUGGGUUGACAGUCGCUGGACCCGGGUUCGACUCCCGGUCAGGGCUACCCCCCCCCCCCCCUCCCUGAAUUCACUACAAUAUGGUGAUCCAGUGUUGUUUGGUCAGCAGGUGCCAGGAUGCAGGAUGUUGAUAUCAUGGAUCUGCCCCUCUCCCCUCCGCCUGAGGUUGAAGACAUUCUGUCAGGUAACCCUGCACUAACGCUGUUCUGCAAAUAUACAGUAACCCUGCACUAACCCUGUUCUACGAAUAUACAGUAACCCUGCACUAACCCUGUUCUACGAAUAUACAGUAACCCUGCACUAACCCUGUUCUACGAAUAUACAGUAACCCUGCACUAACCCUGUUCUACGAAUAUACAGUAACCCUGCACUAACACUGUUCUACAAAUAUACAGUAACCCUGCACUAACCCUGUUCUACGAAUAUACAGUAACCCUGCACUAACCCUGUUCUACGAAUAUACAGUAACCCUGCACUAACACUGUUCUACAAAUAUACAGUAACUCUGUUCUACAAAUAUACAGUAACACUGUUCUACAAAUAUACAGUAACCCUGCACUAACCCUGUUCUACGAAUAUACAGUAACACUGUUCUACAAAUAUACAGUAACACUGUUCUACAAAUAUACAGUAACCCUGCACUAACACUGUUCUACGAAUAUACAGUAACACUGUUCUACGAAUAUACAGUAACACUGUUCUACAAAUAUACAGUAACACUGUUCUACAAAUAUACAGUAACACUGUUCUACAAAUAUACAGUUGAUAUCAGGGAAGGUUAGUUCCACAUGCAAAUGGUACCUCUUUGUGUUUGGGUCAAACACUAACACUGUUCAACAAAGAUAUAAACUCAACAAAAAAAAGAAACUUCCCUUUUUCAGGACCCUGUCUUUCAAAGAUAAAAAUCAAAAUCACUUCACAGAUCUUCAUUGUGAAGGGUUUAAACACACUGUUUCCCAUGCUUGUUCAAUGAACCAUAAACAAUUAAUGAACAUGCACCUGUGGAACAGUUGUUAAGACACUAACAGCUUACAGACGGUAGGCAAUUAAGGUCACAGUUAUGAAAACUUAGGACACUAAAGAGGCCUUUCUACUGACUCUGAAAAACACCAAAAGAAAGAUGCCCUGCUCAUCUGCGUGAACGUGCCUUAGGCAUGCUGCAAGGAGGCAUGAGGACUGCAGAUGUGGCCAGGGCAAUAAAUUGCAAUGUCCGUACUGUGAGACGCCUAAAACAGCGCUACAGGGAGACAGGACGGACAGCUGAUCGUCCUCGCAGUGGCAGACCACAUGUAACAACACCUGCACAGGAUCGGUACAUCCGAACAUCACACCUGCGGGACAGGUACAGGAUGGCAACAACAACUGCCCGAGUUACACCAGGAACGCACAAUCCCUCCAUCAGUACUCAGACUGUCCGCAAUAGGCUGAGAGAGGCUGGACUGAGGGCUUGUAGGCCUGUUGUAAGGCAGGUCCUCACCAGACAUCACCGGCAACAACGUCGCCUAUGGGCACAAACCCACCGUCGCGGUUUUCUCUCACCAGGGGUGAUGGUCGGAUUCGUGUUUAUCGUCGAAGGAAUGAGCGUUACACCGAGGCCUGUACUCUGGAGCGGGUUCAAUUUGGAGGUGGAGCGUCCGUCAUGGUCUGGGGCGGUGUGUCACAGCAUCAUCGGACUGAGCUUGUUGUCAUUGCAGGCAAUCUCAACGCUGUGCGUUACAGGGAAGACAUCCUCCUCCCUCAUGUGGUACCCUUCCUGCAGGCUCAUCCUGACAUCCUGUGCGUGAUUUCCUGCAAGACAGGAAUGUCCGUGCUCUGCCAUGGCCAGUGAAGAGCCAGGAUCUCAAUCCCAUUGAGCACGUCUGGGACCUGUUGGAUCGGAGGGUGAGGGUUAGGGCCAUUCCCCCCAGAAAUGUCCGGGAACUUGCAGGUGCCUUGGUGGAAGAGUGGGGUAACAUCUCACAGCAAGAACUGGCAAAUCUGGUGCAGUCCAUGAGGAGGAGAUGCACUGCAGUACUUAAUGCAGCUGGUGGCCACACCAGAUACUGACUGUUACUUUUGAUUUUGACCCCCCCCCCUUUGUUCAGGGACACAUUAUUCCAUUUCUGUUAGUCACAUGUCUGUGGAACUUGUUCAGUUUAUGUCUCAGUUGUUGAAUCUUGUUAUGUUCAUACAAAUAUUUACACAUGUUAAGUUUGCUGAAAAUAUACGCAGUUGACAGUGAGAGGACGUUUCUUUAUUUUGCUGAGUUUAGUUGAUAUCAGGGCAUGUUAGUUCCACAUGCAAACGCUACCUCUGUGGUAGACGAGAUCUAAAACUGGUAACCCUGCACUAACACUGUUCUACAAAGAUACAGUUUGAUAUCAGGGCAUGUUAGUUCCACAUGCAAAUGCUACCUCUGUGGUAGACGCGAUUGUCACGAUCGUUAGAGUGAGUAGACCAAGGCGCAGCGUGAGAUUCAUACAUCUUAUUUUAUUAAGUGGACACACAAAUAAACAAAACAACAAACGAUACGUGAAGUCCAACGGUACAAACACAAAACCAACUGGAACAAGAUCCCACAACUAUUGUGGGAAAACAGCCUCUAUAAAUAUGGCUCCCAAUCAGAGACAACCAGCAACAGCUGACACUCGUUGCCUCUGAUUGGGAACCACCCUGGCCAACACAGAAAUACAAAACAUAGAAUAUACACACCCUGGCUCAACAUAUAGAGUCCCCAGAGCCAGGGUGUGACAGUGAUCUAAAACACAAGGGUGUACUACGACGCAAGCUAGAUCUACUCAGGGGUUUUCUAAAGCUAGCCAGCGUCAGUUAGCUUCACUUUUCCAGCUCAGGCGCGUAUUACGACGGUGGAUAUUUUGCUCGUUCGCCUGCCCCUAACUCUAGCAGUGGCUAGAAGAACGCCGAACUCUCCAUUGAGACAAUGCUGAAACAUCAAAUCCACAUUUUCAUGUGUGGCAGAAGAAAAGAAAAAAAUAUAUAUAUAUAUAUAUUAUCUUGCAAAUUCAGCAGGCUAUAGUGUGAAAUAGGCUUUUAGAAGUGCCGUCUUUAUUGUAUUAGUUAUCGUUAAUGCACUUAUUAAUGCGCAACCACCUUCUUUUUUACCCACUCCUAACAAUACAAUUAUUUGAUUAAAAUCAUACAAAAGUUUUACUGUGCGUGAAGUUUCAUUCUGUCAUUAUUAAUGUGUAAUGUGAUAGGUAUUUUUAAAAAAUGACUCAUUUUUAAACACAAAAAAAAAAACAUUUGAUUAAUAGAAUAUCACAAUCUUUGCGAGCGGUGGGGGGGGAUCUGAUUUCAUUGGUCCUCAGCUUGCGUUACAGACAUUUCAUUCAUAAAUAAUAUAAAUGAUAAAUAAAUAAUUAAUAAUAAUAAUAGAUUAUAAUAAUUAUAAUGAUAGAUUAAUGGAGUCAGCCCUGUUAACCUGCCCCAGAGCAGGUUAGUUCUGAAUGAUUCGUUGCCAUAGACAUUUACCUGGCUAAAAGGUGACCCACUUUCAUGGUACCGGUUAUGCUGAAGUUAACUCAGAGUUGACCAAAGUUACCUUGGUAGUGCAGGGCUCAGGUAACCCAUGACACCGUUCUACAAAAGGGCAAUGUUCAGAAACCUUUAGUUCCCCGUGGAUAUCACACCCACCCACACGCAAUGUUAAACCCUGGACCCAGAACCACUGGAGGUUGGUGGCGCCUUAAUUUGGGGAGGACGGGGCUCGUGGUAAUGGCUGGAGCGGAAUCAGUGGAAUUGGUAUCAAAUACAUCAAACGCGUGGUUUCCGUGGUUUCCAGGUGUUUCGAUGCCAUUCCAUUUGCUCCGUUCCCGGACAUUAUUAUGAGCCGUUCUCUCCCCCCUCCACAGCAGCCUCCACUGCACCCAAACGCUGUUCUACAAAGGACAUAGAGUUGAUGUCAGGACGUUAUUCAUUAGAGGACGUCAGUUCCGCAUAAUAGCCUUUGAGCCUUGGGCUAGCUCUGUGAAAACACACACUGUGAAAAACACGCAUCUAAAACCCAACCCGAAGAUCAUUUCCUCGUUUGCCAGUCCACGUUGCCAACAACCUGUCGUCUUCUUCAUCUUUGUGGUUUAACGGCGGUUGGCAUUCAAUAUGUUGCAUUACUGCCCCCAGCUGGACUGUGAUAUAUAUAUACCCAUAUAUAUAUAAUAUAUAUAAAUCCAUUAUACUGUGAUACAACAUGUGAAAAGGGAAAAAAAAACAUUCAAUUAAAUACAACCCCCCCCCCCUCUCUUCCAACGAACCCUACACUCAUUAAAACCCACUACCCCAUUCCACUACUUUGACCCUAUCUGCUCCUGCACCAUGGCAACGGCCUGGGAGGACAGGACACCACCACUCAACACACCCUGGAACUCUUCUGAAGUCAAAUCUCGUACCCCCCCCCCCCCCCCCCCCAAAUACUUCUCUUGCAGCUGCCACCACAACGUCUAUUUUCUGUGAUUUACGUUCCGUUUCUGUGGUACGGUUUGGUAGCUUAGUGGUUAAGAGCGUUGUGCCAGUAACCGAAAGGUCGCUGGUUCUAAUCCCCGAGCCGACUAGGUGAAAAAUCUGUCGAUGUGCCCUUGAGCAAGGCACUUAACCCUAAUUGCUCCUGUAAGUCGCUCUGGAUAAGAGCGUCUGCUAAAUGACCAAUUAUUUUUAAUUAUUAUAUAACCAUCGCUGUGAACGUUAAGAAGCCAAACCUUUACUGAAGCAUAUUAUCAGUCGUUGGCCGAUCCCUCCGCGCUGGCACAGAUCUACUACUCACAGGGAUCCUCUCAGCACUUGACACCGAUCUUCUUCCACACCCCAUUGUCCAUUUUUUAGAUCCAUCCAUUCCUGAAAAAAUCCAAAUCCUCAUUGUCUUCGUCAUCAUCUUCCUCUUCCUCCUCCGUUCCUCCUCAGAAAUCGACCUUUCUGUGUCCCUGUCCCAAUAUUCAUCUUGUUCCUCUUCCUCCUCAGAAAUCCACCUUUCUGUGUCCCUGUCCCAAUAUUCAUCAUCUUCCUCUUCCUCCUCAGAAAUCCACCUUUCUGUGUCCCUGUCCCAAUAUUAAUCUUGUUCCUCUUCCUCCUCCAUUCCUCCUCAGAAAUCCAUCUUUCUGUGUCCCUGUCCCAAUAUUAAUCAUAUUCCUCUUCCUCCUCAGAAAUCCACCUUUCUGUGUCCCUGUCCCAAUAUUCAUCUUGUUCCUCUUCCUCCUCCAUUCCUCCUCAGAAAUCCACCUUUCUGUGUCCCUGUCCCAAUAUUCAUCAUCUUCCUCUUCCUCCUCAGAAAUCCACCUUUCUUUGUCCCUGUCCCAAUAUUCAUCAUCUUCCUCUUCCUCCUCAGAAAUCCACCUUUCUGUGGCCCUGUCCCAAUAUUCAUCUUGUUCCUCUUCUCCCUCCAUACCUCCUCAGAAAUCCACCUUUCUGUGUCCCUGUCCCAAUAUUCAUCUUCUCCUGACUUUGCUUGCGGCCCGGUGGCAUCCCGACGUAACUCCAACUCAUAAUUGUCCCGCUCACCUUGGAAACGUGUCUUGAGGGAACGGGUAUAGUUGUUGAUACAAUGUUACUUCACUUCCUGGUGAGGCACAGCCGGGUAAGGUGAUUGGCUGUUUGGUCACAGCCGGGGAAGGUGAUUGGCUGUUUAGUCACAGCCGGGUAAGGUGAUUGGCUGUUUGGUCACAGCCGGGUAAGGUGAUUGGCUGUUUAGUCAGAGCCGGGUAAGGUGUUUGGCUGUUUAGUCAGAGCCAGGGAGGUGAUUGGCUGUUUAGUCAGAGCCAGGGAAGGUGAUUGGCUGUUUAAUGGAGUUGAUUGGCUGUUUGACUGUUUCCUUCCUGUUUCUCAGAAUUAGACCUGGAUGCCAUUCUGGAACAUUUGGAUUUUCAUUUGGAGUUCAAUGGUAAGUUAUACACACACACACACACACACACACACACACACACACACACACACACACACACACACACACACACACACACACACACACACACACACACACACUGUGACUGGCUGACUGACUCAAAGCAACUGUCUCCUGUUUCAGAUUCGUGGUUUGACCUGGACUGUGAUGUGGACAUACAGAGUGGUAAGGCGUUUAGAACAGGCGCUUCUAGUCGUUGUGUUUCUAUACCUGGUGAUGCCAUCUGUCUGUUCUAGUGGUUGUGUUUCUAUACCUGGUGAUGCCAUCUGUCUGUUCUACUGGUUGUGUUUCUAUACCUGGUGAUGCCAUCUGUCUGUUCUAGUGGUUGUGUUUCUAUACCUGGUGAUGCCAUCUGUCUGUUCUAGUGGUUGUGUUUCUAUACCUGGUGAUGCCAUCUGUCUGUUCUAGUGGUUGUGUUUCUAUACAUGGUGAUGCCAUCUGUCUGUUCUAGUGGUUGUGUUUCUAUACAUGGUGAUGCCAUCUGUCUGUUCUAGUGGUUGUGUUUCUAUACAUGGUGAUGCCAUCUGUCUGUUCUAGUGGUUGUGUUUCUAUACCUGGUGAUGCCAUCUGUCUGUUCUAGUGGUUGUGUUUCUAUACAUGGUGAUGCCAUCUGUCUGUUCUAGUGGUUGUGUUUCUAUACCUGGUGAUGCCACCUGUCUGUUCUAGUGGUUGUGUUUCUAUACUUGGUGAUGCCACCUGUCUGUUCUAGUGGUUGUGUUUCUAUACCCGGUGAUGCCAUCUGUCUGUUCUAGUGGUUGUGUUUCUAUACCUGGUGAUGCCACCUGUCUGUUCUAGUGGUUGUGUUUCUAUACCCGGUGAUGCCAUCUGUCUGUUCUAGUGGUUGUGUUUCUAUAACUAGUGAUGCCACCUGUCUGUUCUAGUGGUUGUGUUUCUAUAACUGGUGAUGCCAUCUGUCUGUUCUAGUGGUUGUGUUUCUAUACCUGGUGAUGCCAUCUGUCUGUUCUAGUGGUUGUGUUUCUAUACAUGGUGAUGCCAUCUGUCUGUUCUACUGGUUGUGUUUCUAUACCUGGUGAUGCCAUCUGUCUGUUCUAGUGGUUGUGUUUCUAUACCUGGUGAUGCCAUCUGUCUGUUCUAGUGGUUGUGUUUCUAUACCUGGUGAUGCCAUCUGUCUGUUCUAGUGGUUGUGUUUCUAUACCUGGUGAUGCCAUCUGUCUGUUCUAGUGGUUGUGUUUCUAUACCUGGUGAUGCCACCUGUCUGUUCUAGUGGUUGUGUUUCUAUACUUGGUGAUGCCAUCUGUCUGUUCUAGUGGUUGUGUUUCUAUACAUGGUGAUGCCAUCUGUCUGUUCUAGUGGUUGUGUUUCUAUAACUGGUGAUGCCACCUGUCUGUUCUAGUGGUUGUGUUUCUAUACUUGGUGAUGCCACCUGUCUGUUCUAGUGGUUGUGUUUCUAUACCCGGUGAUGCCAUCUGUCUGUUCUAGUGGUUGUGUUUCUAUACCCGGUGAUGCCAUCUGUCUGUUCUAGUGGUUGUGUUUCUAUACCUGGUGAUGCCACCUGUCUGUUCUAGUGGUUGUGUUUCUAUACCCGGUGAUGCCAUCUGUCUGUUCUAGUGGUUGUGUUUCUAUAACUAGUGAUGCCACCUGUCUGUUCUAGUGGUUGUGUUUCUAUAACUGGUGAUGCCAUCUGUCUGUUCUAGUGGUUGUGUUUCUAUAGCUGGUGAUGCCAUCUGUCUGUUCUAGUGGUUGUGUUUCUAUAAGUGGUGAUGCCACCUGUCUGUUCUAGUGGUUGUGUUUCUAUACCUGGUGAUGCCAUCUGUCUGUUCUAGUGGUUGUGUUUCUAUACAUGGUGAUGCCAUCUGUCUGUUCUAGUGGUUGUGUUUCUAUACAUGGUGAUACCAUCUGUCUGUUCUAGUGGUUGUGUUUCUAUACAUGGUGAUGCCAUCUGUCUGUUCUAGUGGUUGUGUUUCUAUACAUGGUGAUGCCACCUGUCUGUUCUAGUGGUUGUGUUUCUAUACAUGGUGAUGCCAUCUGUCUGUUCUAGUGGUUGUGUUUCUAUACAUGGUGAUGCCAUCUGUCUGUUCUAGUGGUUGUGUUUCUAUACAUGGUGAUGCCAUCUGUCUGUUCUAGUGGUUGUGUUUCUAUACAUGGUGAUGCCAUCUGUCUGUUCUAGGGGAUGUGUUUCUAUACAUGGUGAUGCCACCUGUCUGUUCUAGUGGUUGUGUUUCUAUACCUGGUGAUGCCAUCUGUCUGUUCUAGUGGUUGUGUUUCUAUACAUGGUGAUGCCAUCUGUCUGUUCUAGUGGUUGUGUUUCUAUACAUGGUGAUGCCAUCUGUCUGUUCUAGUGGUUGUGUUUCUAUACCUGGUGAUGCCACCUGUCUGUUCUAGUGGUUGUGUUUCUAUACCUGGUGAUGCCAUCUGUCUGUUCUAGUCGUUGUGUUUCUAUACAUGGUGAUGCCAUCUGUCUGUUCUAGUGGUUGUGUUUCUAUACAUGGUGAUGCCAUCUGUCUGUUCUAGUGGUUGUGUUUCUAUACAUGGUGAUACCAUCUGUCUGUUCUAGUGGUUGUGUUUAUAUACCUGGUGAUGCCAUCUGUCUGUUCUAGUGGUUGUGUUUCUAUACAUGGUGAUACCAUCUGUCUGUUCUAGUGGUUGUGUUUCUAUACCUGGUGAUGCCAUCUGUCUGUUCUAGUGGUUGUGUUUCUAUACAUGGUGAUGCCAUCUGUCUGUUCUAGUGGUUGUGUUUCUAUACCUGGUGAUGCCAUCUGUCUGUUCUAGUGGUUGUGUUUCUAUACAUGGUGAUGCCAUCUGUCUGUUCUAGUGGUUGUGUUUCUAUACAUGGUGAUGCCACCUGUCUGUUCUAGUGGUUGUGUUUCUAUACCUGGUGAUGCCAUCUGUCUGUUCUAGUGGUUGUGUUUCUAUACAUGGUGAUGCCAUCUGUCUGUUCUAGUGGUUGUGUUUCUAUACCUGGUGAUGCCAUCUGUCUGUUCUAGUGGUUGUGUUUCUAUACAUUGUGAUGCCAUCUGUUUGUUCUAGUGGUUGUGUUUCUAUACAUGGUGAUGCCAUCUGUCUGUUCUAGUGGUUGUGUUUCUAUACAUGGUGAUGCCAUCUGUCUGUUCUAGUGGUUGUGUUUCUAUACAUGGUGAUGCCAUCUGUCUGUUCUAGGGGAUGUGUUUCUAUACAUGGUGAUGCCAUCUGUCUGUUCUAGUGGUUGUGUUUCUAUACCUGGUGAUGCCAUCUGUCUGUUCUAGUGGUUGUGUUUCUAUACCUGGUGAUGCCAUCUGUCUGUUCUAGUGGUUGUGUUUCUAUACCUGGUGAUGCCAUCUGUCUGUUCUAGUGGUUGUGUUUCUAUACAUGGUGAUGCCAUCUGUCUGUUCUAGUGGUUGUGUUUCUAUACAUGGUGAUGCCAUCUGUCUGUUCUAGUGGUUGUGUUUCUAUACCUGGUGAUGCCAUCUGUCUGUUCUAGUGGUUGUGUUUCUAUACCUGGUGAUGCCAUCUGUCUGUUCUAGUGGUUGUGUUUCUAUGAUGCCACCUGUCUGUUCUAGUGGUUGUGUUUCUAUACAUGGUGAUGCCACCUGUCUGUUCUAGUGGUUGUGUUUCUAUACAUGGUGAUGCCAUCUGUCUGUUCUAGUGGUUGUGUUUCUAUACAUGGUGAUGCCAUCUGUCUGUUCUAGUGGUUGUGUUUCUAUACCUGGUGAUGCCAUCUGUCUGUUCUAAUGGUUGUGUUUCUAUACCUGGUGAUGCCAUCUGUCUGUUCUAGUGGUUGUGUUUCUAUACAUGGUGAUGCCAUCUGUCUGUUCUAGUGGUUGUGUUUCUAUACCUGGUGAUGCCAUCUGUCUGUUCUAGUGGUUGUGUUUCUAUACAUGGUGAUGCCAUCUGUCUGUUCUAGUGGUUGUGUUUCUAUACAUGGUGAUGCCAUCUGUCUGUUCUAGUGGUUGUGUUUCUAUACCUGGUGAUGCCAUCUGUCUGUUCUAGUGGUUGUGUUUCUAUACCUGGUGAUGCCAUCUGUCUGUUCUAGUGGUUGUGUUUCUAUACAUGGUGAUGCCAUCUGUCUGUUCUAGUGGUUGUGUUUCUAUACCUGGUGAUGCCAUCUGUCUGUUCUAGUGGUUGUGUUUCUAUACCUGGUGAUGCCAUCUGUCUGUUCUAGUGGUUGUGUUUCUAUACAUGGUGAUGCCAUCUGUCUGUUCUAGUGGUUGUGUUUCUAUACCUGGUGAUGCCAUCUGUCUGUUCUAGUGGUUGUGUUUCUAUACCUGGUGAUGCCAUCUGUCUGUUCUAGUGGUUGUGUUUCUAUACAUGGUGAUGCCAUCUGUCUGUUCUAGUGGUUGUGUUUCUAUACCUGGUGAUGCCAUCUGUCUGUUCUAGUGGUUGUGUUUCUAUACCCGGUGAUGCCACCUGUCUGUUCUAGUGGUUGUGUUUCUAUACCUGGUGAUGCCAUCUGUCUGUUCUAGUGGUUGUGUUUCUAUACAUGGUGAUGCCACCUGUCUGUUCUAGUGGUUGUGUUUCUAUACAUGGUGAUGCCAUCUGUCUGUUCUAGUGGUUGUGUUUCUAUACAUGGUGAUGCCACCUGUCUGUUCUAGUGGUUGUGUUUCUAUACAUGGUGAUGCCAUCUGUCUGUUCUAGUGGUUGUGUUUCUAUACAUGGUGAUGCCACCUGUCUGUUCUAGUGGUUGUGUUUCUAUACCUGGUGAUGCCAUCUGUCUGUUCUAGUGGUUGUGUUUCUAUACAUGGUGAUGCCAUCUGUCUGUUCUAGUGGUUGUGUUUCUAUACCUGGUGAUGCCAUCUGUCUGUUCUAGUGGUUGUGUUUCUAUACAUGGUGAUGCCAUCUGUCUGUUCUAGUGGUUGUGUUUAUAUACAUGGUGAUGCCAUCUGUCUGUUCUAGUGGUUGUGUUUCUAUACAUGGUGAUGCCACCUGUCUGUUCUAGUGGUUGUGUUUCUAUACAUGGUGAUGCCAUCUGUCUGUUCUAGUGGUUGUGUUUCUAUACAUGGUGAUGCCAUCUGUCUGUUCUAGUGGUUGUGUUUCUAUACAUGGUGAUGCCAUCUGUCUGUUCUAGUGGUUGUGUUUCUAUACAUGGUGAUGCCACCUGUCUGUUCUAGUGGUUGUGUUUCUAUACAUGGUGAUGCCAUCUGUCUGUUCUAGUGGUUGUGUUUCUAUACAUGGUGAUGCCAUCUGUCUGUUCUAGUGGUUGUGUUUCUAUACCUGGUGAUGCCACCUGUCUGUUCUAGUGGUUGUGUUUCUAUACAUGGUGAUGCCAUCUGUCUGUUCUAGUGGUUGUGUUUCUAUACAUGGUGAUGCCAUCUGUCUGUUCUAGUGGUUGUGUUUCUAUACCUGGUGAUGCCAUCUGUCUGUUCUAGUGGUUGUGUUUCUAUACAUGGUGAUGCCAUCUGUCUGUUCUAGUGGUUGUGUUUCUAUACAUGGUGAUACCAUCUGUCUGUUCUAGUGGUUGUGUUUCUAUGCCUGGUGAUGCCAUCUGUCUGUUCUAGUGGUUGUGUUUCUAUACCUGGUGAUGCCAUCUGUCUGUUCUAGUGGUUGUGUUUCUAUACAUGGUGAUGCCAUCUGUCUGUUCUAGUGGUUGUGUUUCUAUACCUGGUGAUGCCAUCUGUCUGUUCUAGUGGUUGUGUUUCUAUACCUGGUGAUACCAUCUGUCUGUUCUAGUGGUUGUGUUUCUAUACAUGGUGAUGUCAUCUGUCUGUUCUAGUGGUUGUGUUUCUAUACCUGGUGAUGCCAUCUGUCUGUUCUAGUGGUUGUGUUUCUAUACCUGGUGAUGCCACCUGUCUGUUCUAGUGGUUGUGUUUCUAUACCUGGUGAUGCCAUCUGUCUGUUCUAGUGGUUGUGUUUCUAUACAUGGUGAUGCCAUCUGUCUGUUCUAGUGGAUGUGUUUCUAUACAUGGUGAUGCCAUCUGUCUGUUCUAGUGGUUGUGUUUCUAUACCUGGUGAUGCCAUCUGUCUGUUCUAGUGGUUGUGUUUCUAUACAUGGUGAUGCCAUCUGUCUGUUCUAGUGGUUGUGUUUCUAUACCUGGUGAUGCCAUCUGUCUGUUCUAGUGGUUGUGUUUCUAUACCUGGUGAUGCCAUCUGUCUGUUCUAGUGGUUGUGUUUCUAUACCUGGUGAUGCCAUCUGUCUGUUCUAGUGGUUGUGUUUCUAUACCUGGUGAUACCAUCUGUCUGUUCUAGUGGUUGUGUUUCUAUACAUGGUGAUGCCAUCUGUCUGUUCUAGUGGUUGUGUUUCUAUAGCUGGUGAUGCCAGGUCCCAGGUUCACUCUGCCGACUCCCUCACUUCCUCUCUCUGUUGUGGUGUGGUGUGUAGGUGAGGUUGCCAUACCAACAGCUGUGGCCGAGCAAGGCGGCCAGAAAAAGAACAGCAAGAUACGGAGAGGUAACACUAACGCCUCAUUCAAAUAUAAGACUUAAAUAAGCUGUUGUUGCUUGGUUUAUUAAAGACUUAAAUAAGCUGUUGUUGCUGCUUGGUUUAUUAAAGACUUAAAUAAGCUGUUGCUGCUUGGUUUAUUAAAGACUUAAAUAAGCUGUUUGUUGCUUGGUUUAUUAAAGACCUAAAUAAGCUGUGUUGCUGCUUGGUUUAUUAAAGACUUAAAUAAGCUGUUGCUGCUUGGUUUAUUAAAGACUUAAAUAAGCUGUUGUUGCUUGGUUUAUUAAAGACUUAAAUAAGCUGUGUUGCUGCUUGGUUUAUUAAAGACUUAAAUUAGCUGUUGUUGCUUGGUUUAUUAAAGACUUAAAUAAGCUGUUGUUGCUUGGUUUAUUAAAGACUUAAAUAAGCUGUUGCUUGGUUUAUUAAAGACUUAAAUAAGAUGCUUGGUUGCUUGGCUUAUUAAAGACUUAAAUAAGCUGUGUUGCUGCUUGGUUUAUUAAAGACUUAAAUAAGCUGUGUUGUUGCUUGGUUUAUUAAAGACUUAAAUAAGAUGCUUGGUUGCUUGGCUUAUUAAAGACUUAAAUAAGAUGCUUGGUUGCUUGGCUUAUUAAAGACUUAAAUAAGCUGUGUUGCUGCUUGGUUUAUUAAAGACUUAAAUAAGCUGUGUUGUUGCUUGGUUUAUUAAAGACUUAAAUAAGAUGCUUGGUUGCUUGGCUUAUUAAAGACUUAAAUAAGCUGUGUUGCUGCUUGGUUUAUUAAAUACUUAAAUAAGCUGUGUUGUUGCUUGGUUUAUUAAAGACUUAAAUAAGCUGUGUUGCUGCUUGGUUUAUUAAAUACUUAAAUAAGCUGUGUUGUUGCUUGGUUUAUUAAAGACUUAAAUAAGAUGCUUGGUUGCUUGGCUUAUUAAAGACUUAAAUAAGCUGUGUUGCUGCUUGGUUCAUUAAAUACUUAAAUAAGCUGUGUUGUUGCUUGGUUUAUUAAAGACUUAAAUAAGAUGCUUGGUUGCUUGGCUUAUUAAAGACUUAAAUAAGCUGUGUUGCUGCUUGGUUUAUUAAAUACUUAAAUAAGCUGUGUUGUUGCUUGGUUUAUUAAAGACUUAAAUAAGCUGUGUUGCUGCUUGGUUUAUUAAAUACUUAAAUAAGCUGUGUUGUUGCUUGGUUUAUUAAAGACUUAAAUAAGAUGCUUGGUUGCUUGGUUUAUUAAAGACUUAAAUAAGCUGUGUUGCUGCUUGGUUUAUUAAAGACUUAAAUAAGCUGUGUUGCUGCUUGGUUUAUUAAAGACUUAAAUAAGCUGUGUUGUUGCUUGGUUUAUUAAAGACUUAAAUAAGCUGUGUUGCUGCUUGGUUUAUUAAAUACUUAAAUAAGCUGUGUUGUUGCUUGGUAUAUUAAAGACUUAAAUAAGCUGUGUUGUUGCUUGGUUUAUUAAAGACUUAAACUGUGUUGUUCCUUGGCUUAUUAAAGACUUAAAUGAACUGUUGCUGUUUGACUUAUUAAAUACUUAAAUAAACUGUGUUGCUGCUUGGUCGGAGCAAAAGCCUGCACUCACAAAGGCCCUCUGAUAUAGAGUAUGAUGUCAACAACAGUUGAUUGAUUGAUUGGUUGAUUUGAUAGAUUGGUUGAUUGAAACAACAGUGUCCUCUGUGAUGUUGUCCCAAACAGAGCCUGGUGAUGGACAGAGGAAGAGAGAGAAGAGGAGAGAGACAGAGCCUGGUGAUGGACAGAGGAAGAGGAGAACGACAGAGCCUGGUGAUGGACAGAGGAAGAGGAGAGAGACAGAGCCUGGUGAUGGACAGAGGAAGAGGAGAACGACAGAACCUGGUGAUGGACAGAGGAAGAGAGAGAAGAGGAGAGAGACUCAGAGACACUCUCCCAUCAGAGGUAAAGCCUAGGACCAACUCUGUUUCUACCUUCUCCCCCCUCUCCCUGAAGUGUACACUCCUUCACUCCCCUUCAUGUAUUUAAAGUGCAUUAAAAGCACUGGAGUGGUUAUAAGACAUAUCCAAAACUUUCAGAUCCUUGAGGGGGAGUGAACAAGUGCACACUACAGGGAUAAGGGGGAGUGAACAAGUGCACAGUUCUGGGGAAUGGACAGAAAAAAGGCAGUAUUGUCUUCAGUUCGUCAACAGCGAGGUAGCGUGGUGAUUGAUGAUCUAGGCCUGUUUUGAAAUGGAACUAAAUAAAAUCAACUGAUUUGUUUUUUUUGUUCUCUGUAGGUGGUCCUGGCUCUGCUCCCCUCCCAGCCGUGACUCUCUCUUCUCCCCCUAGACUUCUCCCGAUCACUCCAUCCCUCCCUCCCUCACUCCUUUACAUUCCUGGGUUUGGGAAUGCUACUUUCCUCUCCUCUUGUAGCAGUAAGUAUGAUGUUAUGGACCGGUUUUUCCCAGACACAAAUGAACCGUGAUCCUGGACUAAAAAAGCACUUUGAAUGGAGAUUUUCUUUUGAGCAUGCUUUGUUAGUCCGGGACUAGGCUUAAUCUGUGUCCGGGGGAAACGGGCCCCAAGUGUGUGUGUGUGUAGUGUGUGUGUAGUGUGUGUAGUUGUGUAGUGUGUAGUGGUGUGUAGUGUGUGUGUUAUUGGUGUAGUGUUUCAGUGUUGUAGUGUGGUGUGUGUGUGUUGGUGUGUGGUGUAGGUGUGCGUGCUGUGUGUGCGGGCGUGCGUGCGUGCGGUGGGUUGUGUGUGUAGUAGUGUGUAGUGUGUAGUGUGUGUGUGUGUGUGCGUGCGCGCGUGCGUGUGUGUGUGUGUGUGUGUAACCUGUGUUCUGUGUCCUUACAGAUGGCUCAGAGCUGCGUCUGGUUCAAGCUCCUCUCUUCAGCUCCUCAAGACCACCCACCUACAUACUGAGUGAGUGUGUGUGUGUGUGUGUGUGUGUGUGUGUCCGCGAGUCAAAUCAAAGUUCAUUGGUCGCGUACAGAGUUUAGCAGAAUGCUUCUGUUUCCACCUCCUGCAGUGCAGCAGAAUGCUUCUGUUUCCACCUCCUGCAGUGCAGCAGAAUGCCUCUGUUUCUACCUCCUGCAGUGUAGCAGAAUGCUUCUGUUUCCACCUCCUGGGUGGCAUGGAUGCUUCUGUUUCUACCUCCGCAGGCAGGCGCUGUUUGUAUUUCUCCUCUGCAGUGCGCGGGCGUUGUUUCCACUCCUGGUGCAGCGUGGCUCUGUUUCCCCUGGUGCGGUGCUUUGUUUCCACCGUCGCAGUGCGAGGAAUGCUUUUGUUUCUACCGUCCUGGGUGCGCAGUGCUUCUGUCCACUUCUGCGUUGCAGCGAAUGCUUCUGUUUCCACCUCCUGCAUGAGCAACUCUUUCACACUCCUGCAGUCAGCAGAAUGCUUCUUUCCUCUGCAGUGCAGAAUCUUCUUCACCUCCUGCAGUGCAGCAGAAUGCUUCUGUUCUACCUCUCUGCAGAAUCUCUUUUCUACCUCCUGCAUGCCAGAUGCUUCUGUUUUCUACCUCUCUGCAGUGCAGCAAUCGCUUCGUUUCUACUUCUCAGUGCAGCGAAUGCUUCUGUUCUACCUCCUCAGUGGGUGCUCUUCUAACCCCUGCAACGACCUGUUUCUCCUCUCUCUGCCAGUGAGGUGUUCUCCUCCUGCCCUCCCACCCCUCACGGCACUAGAAUCUUCUUUCCCCCCGCAGUGUAGAGUGUUCUGUUUCCAACCCCUCAAGGCACAGCAUCUCUUCUCCUCCAGAGUGAGGAUGUCUGUUUCUACCUCCUCCAGUGAUGCGAUGCUCUGUUUCACCUCCUCAGCGCCAACUGCUCUCUCUCAGAAAGUGUGUGUGUUUUGUGUCCAGUCUGUGUGCCUGCGUGCUUUACCUGACGUACCCCUCCUUUCAGUUUGUUCUCCCUCGCUGCCUCCUCAACCCCUCAACGCCCUACCUCUCUCUCCAGGUGUAGUGUGUUCUGCCUCCUCAACCCCUCAACGCCCUACCUCUCUCUCCAGGUGUAGUGUGUUCUGCCUCCUCAACCCCUCAACGCCCUACCUCUCUCUCCAGGUGUAGUGUGUUCUGCCUCCUCAACCCCUCAACGCCCUACCUCUCUCUCCAGGUGUAGUGUGUUCUGCCUCCUCAACCCCUCAACGCCCUACCUCUCUCUCCAGGUGUAGUGUGUUCUGCCUCCUCAACCCCUCAACGCCCUACCUCUCUCUCCAGGUGUAGUGUGUUCUGCCUCCUCAACCCCUCAACGCCCUACCUCUCUCUCCAGGUGUAGUGUGUUCUGCCUCCUCAACCCCUCAACGCCCUACCUCUCUCUCCAGGUGUAGUGUGUUCUGCCUCCCCAACCCCUCAACGCCCUACCUCUCUCUCCAGGUGUAGUGUGUUCUCCCUCGCUGCCUCCUCAACCCCUCAACGCCCUACCUCUCUCUCCAGGUGUAGUGUGUUCUGCUCCUCAACCCCUCAACGCCCUACCUCUCUCUCCAGGUGUAGUGUGUUUUUGCCUCCUCAACCCCUCAACGCCCUACCUCUCUCUCCAGGUGUAGUGUUUUCUGCCUCCUCAACCCCUCAACGCCCUACCUCUCUCUCCAGGUGUAGUGUGUUCUGCCUCCCAACCCCUCAACGCCCUACCUCUCUCUCCAGUGUAGUGUGUUCUGCCUCCUCAACCCCUCAACGCCCUACCUCUCUCUCCAGGUGUAGUGUCGUCUCCCUCGCUGCCUCCUCAACCCCUCAACGCCCUACCUCUCUCUCCAGGUGUAGUGUGUUCUGCCUCCUCAACCCCUCAACGCCCUACCUCUCUCUCCAGGUGUAGUGUGUUCUGCCUCCUCAACCCCUCAACGCCCUACCUCUCUCUCCAGGUGUAGUGUGUUCCCCCUCGCUGUCUCCUCAACCCCUCAACGCCCUACCUCUCUCCAGGUGUAGUGUGUUCUGCCUCCUCAACCCCUCAAGCCCUACCUCUCUCUCCAGGUGUAGGUGUUCUGUCUCCUCAACCCUCAACGCCCUACCUCUCUCUCCAGGUGUAGUGUGUUCUGCCUCCUCAACCCCUCAACGCCCUACCUCUCUCUCCAGGUGUAGUGUGUUCUGCCCUCCUCAACCCCUCAAGCGCCCUACCUCUCUCUCCAGGUGUAGUGUGUUCCCCCUCGCUGCCUCCUCAACCCCUCAACGCCCUACCUCUCUCUCCAGGUGUAGUGUGUCUCCCUCGUUGCCUCCCAACCCCUCAACGCCCUACCUCUCUCUCCAGGUGUAGUGUGUUCUGCCUCCUCAACCCUCAACGCCCUACCUCUCUCUCCAGGUGUAGUGUGUUCUGCCUCCUCAACCCCUCAACGCCCUACCUCUCUCUCCAGGUGUAGUGUGUUCUGCCUCCCAACCCCUCAACGCCCUACCUCUCUCUCAGGUGUAGUGUGUUCUGCCUCCUCAACCCCUCAACGCCCUACCUCUCUCUCCAGGUGUAGUGUGUUCCCCCUCGCUGCCUCCUCAACCCCUCAACGCCCUACCUCUCUCUCCAGGUGUAGUGUGUUCUGCCUCCUCAACCCCUCAACGCCCUACCUCUCUCUCCAGGUGUAGUGUCGUCUCCUGCUGCCUCCUCAACCCCUCAACGCCCUACCUCUCUCUCCAGGUGUAGUGUCGUCUCCCUCGCUGCCUCCUCAACCCCUCAACGCCCUACCUCUCUCUCCAGGUGUAGUGUCGUCUCCCUCGCUGCCUCCUCAACCCCUCAACGCCCUACCUCUCUCUCCAGGUGUAGUGUCGUCUCCCUCGCUGCCUCCUCAACCCCUCAACGCCCUACCUCUCUCUCCAGGUGUAGUGUGUUCCCCCUCGCUGCCUCCUCAACCCCUCAACGCCCUACCUCUCUCUCCAGGUGUAGUGUCGUCUCCCUCGCUGCCUCCUCAACCCCUCAACGCCCUACCUCUCUCUCCAGGUGAGUAGUGACCAACAUCAACACCUCUAUUCUACUGAUUAAGUUUACUCCCAUAUGGCUCCCUAUUUCCUCCAUAGGGUUCUGGUCCAAAGUGUGGCACUAUAUAGAGGAAACAGAGUGCCCAUUUGGGUCUCGUUCAGAGUCGUUGAUGAGACAGGGGAGAUUUGCCACCUGCAUUACUGGGGGGAGAACUUCCUCCGGAGGGAGAAAUACCAUUCAUUCAUUCAUUCAUCAUGCCUCACUGAUACCGGGUCAACAAGUCAAUCAACAUGAGUUAACUUGAAUACAGGGUGUGUUUUUUACUCAUGCUGUGUCUGUGUGUGUGUGUGUGUGUGUGUGUGUGUGUGUGUGUGUGUGUGUGUGUGUCUGUGUGUGUGUGUGUGUGUGUGUGUGUGUGUGUGUGUAGUCGACAGUGCGGAAGCUCCAGACCUGAUGUGUUCCUCUCCUCCUGGAUCUCUGUCUGACUGUGCCAGCCGAGCCCUGUCAGCCCCCUCAGCCUCCCCCCUCUCACCCCCCUCAGCCUCCCCCCUCUCCCCCAGGGCAGGUGAGUUACAGCCCGCUUCACAUCAUGGCAUCACUUCAGCAGUCUACUACAGAGACAUCUUAUCUUUCAAACACAUCAUGAAAAAACAGCUAAACAAGGCAAUCACAUGAGAAUGUUACAGUGUGUGUGUGUGUGUGUGUGUGUGUGUGUGUGUGUGUGUGUGUGUGUGUGUGUGUGUGUGUGUGUGUGUGUGUGUGUGUGUGUGUGUGUGUGUUGUGUGUCUGUGUGUGUCUGUGUGUGUGUGUCUGUGUGUGUGUGUCUGUGUGUGUGUGUGGUGUGUGUGUGUGUGUGUGUGUGUGUGUGUCUGUGUGUGUUACAGAGAGUGUGGAAGCGUACAUUCACCAAACCAAGGUUCACCUGAGGGAAAUGUGCCAGGUAAGACCAGGGAACCAGAUAGAGGGGACGUUGAGUGGGGUUGACUUCUUCCAAAGAGAACAUUACUCAUAUGGACCCCAACUCUGCCUGUCUCGACCAAUGAUGUCGUCUCAACAGGAGACGGAGGCGGGCCUUAGCCUGGCGUCCCACUAUGUUGACGUGCGAUUGGUCCAGAGGCAGAUCCUGAUUGGCUCAGGGAAGAACGCCAACAAGUGCCUGGAGAAGGAUCUGGUCGUCAUGGGAGACACUGAGAGGAGGCGGGGCUCGCUGGCCAGAAGUCAGGUCAGACUAGUCUUAUCUUAAUGCUGUCAUUACGUCAUCACCUAGGAGACACUAUUAGUAUUUAGUCUUAUCUUAAGGCUGUCAAUACAUGUUUUUAGUCCUCUAUUAAUAAUGAUUUCUGUAAGGAAAAGUGUAAUUAAUGUAUUAUUAACUGUGUUCAUCGUUAGGUGUUCGAGAGCUCCGCGGGGGCGAAACCCAAACGUUCCAUCGUGUUGCUAGGCAACGCCGGCAUGGGCAAGAGCACGCUCAUCAAGAAGCUCUGUGUUGAUUGGUCCGACGGCCUCCUGCCUCAGUUUGACUUUGUGUUCUUAUUGGACGGCAAGGCUCUGACCCUCCCCCCUGAGCCGACCCAUAGCCUUCAGUCCCUCCUCCUCCACCUCUCCUCCUCCCCACUUCCCUGUCCCCACCCCCAGGAUGUCUUCAAUCAGGUCCUCUCUGCCCCGGAGCGUGUGCUGGUGAUAUUCGACGGCUUCGAGGUGGUGCGUGACAUGGAGGGGCUGCUGCAGUGUCCAGCGGAUGACAGUAGGGGUGGGACCUACAGCGUUAGACAGCUGUUCUCAGGCUUGCUCCAGAGGAGGCUCCUACCGGGCUGCUCUCUGCUCCUCUCUGCCCGACCGCGAGGCACCGUCAGCGGUCUGCUGAGACGGGCUGACAGCCUCCUGGAACUCUCUGGCUUCUCCCCUCCGGACAUAGAGAGAUACCUGGGACAGUACUUCUCUGGACACUCCCAACAGGCCCCAGCCCCAGCCCCAGCCCCAGCCCCAGCCCCUAGCCCCAGCCCCAGCUCCUCCCCAGCCCACCCCUACCCGAGCCAGCCCCAGCCCCUAGCCCAGCCCCCCAGCCACCUCCUACACCCAGCCAACAGCCUCUAGCCCAGCCCAGCCCAGCCCCCACCACCCCAGCCACCAGCCUGCCCAGACCACAGCCCCACCCCGCUCCCACCACCACCACCACCCAGCCCGCCCCAGACACCACCACCUCACCCACCCCGCACCGUCUACCCACACCCCACCCCACGCCCCAACACCCAGACCCCACUAGCCACCCACCAACACAACCCGGAACCCCAAACACCACUGCCUCUAGAACCCCAACCACUACCCCACCUACAACAUCACCUAACAAAACACACACCCACCCCAAACACACACCCACCCCAAACACACACCUACCCACAACACACACCCCAAACACCCCACCCCAAACACACACCCACCAAACACACCCAACAACCACCCCAAACACACACACCCCAAACACCACCACCCCCUACCCCAAACACACCACCCUACCCCAACACACACACCCACACCCCCAAACACACCCCUACCCCAAACACACUCAACACCCACCCAAACACACCCCCAAACACCACUACCCCCAACCACAACCCCCAAACACUACCCCAAACACACACCCAGACACACAGUCACACCCCUAAGCACAGUGAAAAACACGGCCCUAAACACACACACAACAGGACAGGAACACACAUCCACACCCGCUCCCACACUCAAUCCCAAAUUCAAUUGGCAGAAGAGAAGAGGGGGUAAGGAGAAGAGGGGGAGAGAGAAGAGGGGGAGAGAGAAGAGGGGGAGAGAGAAGAGGGUGAAGGAGAAUGAAGAAGAGAGAGAGGAGGAGGAGAAGGAGGAGGGAGAGGAGGGAGAGGAAGAGGAGGAGGAGAACAGGUGUGUUCUGUCUGAGUUGAGCGGUCUGGCCUGGCAGGGGGUUAAAGGUCAUUCAUCUCUCCUGACCCUGACCCUGGAGCAUACCAUCUAUGUCAGGCUGCGGGUGUUUGGCCUGAGGACUGGACUGGUCCAUUCUCACUGGCUGAGGGGGGGGCAGGGCAGAGACUGUGACGGUGAUGACAUCAGUUAUGACAACAUCCUGUCCUGGGCCCACCCCUUCCUGCAAAGCUUCCUGGGCGGGGUCCACCUGUCUGUCUCCAGGUGUGUGUCUGACCGAGCCCUGCUGACCCAGAUUCUACCACAGGUAUCAUUACUGUUUAACUAUUCAACUCAAUCCUCCUCCUCCUCCUCCUCCUCACCUGAACCAGCACCUCCUUUCUAUCUCGGACUCUACUGAUAGCUCCUUUAUGGAGGGAAAAUGUUCUUACCAUGACUGUGAUAUGUGGUUUGUCCCACCCAGCUGUGUUCAGAUGAAUGCACUGACUGGAAGUCGCUCUGGAUAAGAGCGUCUGCUGAAUGACUAAAAUGAAAUGGCUGGUUUGUUGACUCUACUUACUCGUACGCUGCUACGCUAGCACGAUCUAUGCUACUCUAGCUAUUCUACGCUAGCUAGCUACGCUAUCUACCUACUCUACCAGGCUACCUGUUCGACGCUAGCGACUCUAUUCGACUAGGCGCUGCUAUUCUACUAACUCUAUCUACGCACUCUAUCAUUCUACUCGAGGCUACUAUAUUCACUCAGCAUUCCUACUACUCGACUCUAACUCUACGCAUAUAUUCGCUACGCGAGAGAUCACUCGACUCGACGCGAUAAUACCUACUCUAUUCGACCAUUCUACCGAGGCUACCGACCAUCUGACGGCAUCGACUCAUGCUAUUCUAUCUAUUCUGACUCGUACUCUGACCAUCCUAGCUCUAGCUCACUCUACUCUACUCUACUCGACUACUCGACUCUAUCUACUCUACUCUCACUCCAUGCGACGCUAGCAUCUAUCUUGUACGCUACGUCUACAUCUGAUCUCACUGCUACUCGUACUCUACUACUACCUACCUACUCACUCUACGUCUAUCUACUACUAUUCACUCUACUCAUACCUAGUCAUCUACUCUAUUCUGUCGCUAUUCAUCUAUCUCUACCUCUACUCUACUCUACGUUUCUCUACUCUAUCACCUCUACUCUACUCUACCUACUCUACUCUACUUAUCAGCUCUACUCUACCUACUCUAUUUACGUCAUUCUGUCCUAUUCUAUCUAUAGCUCUACUUCUACUCUAUCUACUUAUUAACACAUUCUCCUCUACUCUACAUACUACUCUACUCUACUCUACUCUAUUAUAUUCUACUCUAUUCUCCUCUACUCUACUCUAUUCUACUCUACUCUGUCCUAUUCUAUUCUACUCUGCAGCCCAGGGGGAGGCGACGGCCUCAGGGAGAGUGCCUGGACCUUGCUCAGCGAUUCGCUGUCGGCCUGCUGUUCCGGAACAAGGCGGAACUCCGGGAUCUGGCCACCCUAGAUACCGGCGCCAUGAGUGCGGUGGUGGCCAAGCGAGCCGCUGUGACGUCACACCUGGAGAACCUUCACCCUGCGGAGCUAAACCCUGCCAGGCUCCUGGAGGCGUGUCACUGUGUUUACGAGACAGGCGACGCCCACUUGGUCAGACAGCUGGUGCGGAACCUUCCCGAGGUUCUGUCCUUCCAAGGGGUUCCGCUGUGCCCCGCCGACGCCUAUGUGGUGUGGAACCUUCUGGACCAGUGUAGAACGCCGAGGAGGAGGUUCUGUCUGGGGCUGGAGGACACAGGACUGAGAAUCACAGGGCUAAAACUACUAACAGGUCUCCACAACAUAAACUCCUACAGGUACUGACACUGGUACAUUAUAGAUCUACAACAGUAUAGAUGUUACAGUAUAUAUCUACAACAGUAUAGAUCUGGUACAGUAUAGAUCUGUUACAUUAUAGAUCUGUUACAGUAUAGAUCUGUUACAUUAUAGAUCUGUUACAGUAUAGAUCUGUUACAGUAUAGAUCUAGAACAGUAUAGAUAUGGUACAGUAUAUAUCUAUAACAGUAUAGAUGUUACAGUAUAGAUCUGUUACAUUUUAGAUCUGUUACAGUAUAUAUCUACAACAGUAUAGAUCUGUUACAGUAUAUAUCUAGAACAGUGUAGAUCUGUUACAUUAUAUAUCUACAACAGUAUAUAUCUGUUACAUUAUAUAUCUAUAACAGUAUAGAUAUUUUACAUUAUAUAUCUAUAACAGUAUAGAUAUUUUACAUUAUAUAUCUAUAACUGUAUAGAUAUUUUACAUUAUAUCUAGAACAGUAUAGAUAUGUUACAGUAUAUAUCUAGAACAGUAUAGAUCUGUUACAGUAUAUAUCUAGAACAGUAUAGAUCUGUUACAUUAUAUCUAGAACAGUAGAUCUGUUAUAUUAUAUAUCUAUAACAGUAUAGAUCUGUUAAAUUAUAUCUACAACAGUAUAUACAUUUUACAUUAUAUCUAGAACAGUAUAUAUCUGUUACAGUAUAUAUCUAGAACAGUAUAUAUAUUUUACAGUAUAUCUAGAACAGUAUAGAUCAUGUUACAGUAUAUAUAUAGAACAGUAUAGAUGUUACAGUAUAUAUCUAGAACAGUAUAGAUAUUUUACAUUAUAUCUAGAACAGUAUAGAUCUGUUACAGUAUAUUUCUAUAACAGUAUAGAUAUUUUACAUUAUAUCUAGAACAGUAUAGAUAUGUUACAGUAUAUAUCUAGAACAGUAUAGAUCUGUUACAUUAUAUAUCUACAACAGUAAUAAUCUGUUACAUUAUAUAUCUAUAACAGUAUAGAUAUUUUACAUUAUAUAUCUAUAACAGUAUAGAUAUUUUACAUUAUAUAUCUAUAACUUUAUAGAUAUUUUACAUUAUAUCUAGAACAGUAUAGAUAUGUUACAGUAUAUAUCUAGAACAGUAUAGAUCUGUUACAGUAUAUAUCUAGAACAGUAUAGAUAUGUUACAUUAUAUCUAGAACAGUAUAUCUGUUACAUUAUAUAUCUAUAACAGUAUAGAUCUGUUAAAUUAUAUCUACAACAGUAUAGACAUUUUACAUUAUAUCUACAACAGUAUAGAUCUGUUACAGUAUAUAUAUAGAACAGUAUAUAUAGGUUACAGUAUAGAUCUGUUACAGUAUAUAUCUAGAACAGUAUAUAUAUUUUACAUUAUAUCUACAUUAUAGAACAGUAUAGAUAUGUUACAGUAUAUAUCUAGAACAGUAUAGAUGUUACAGUAUAUAUCUAGAACAGUAUAGAUAUUUUACAUUAUAUCUAGAACAGUAUAGAUCUGUUACAGUAUAUAUCUAGAACAGUAUAGAUAUGUUACAGUAUAGAUCUAAAACGGUAUAGAUAUUUUACAUUAUAUCUAGAACAGUAUAGAUCUGUUACAGUAUAUAUCUAGAACAGUAUAGAUAUGGUACAGUAUAGAUCUAGAACAGUAUAGAUAUGGUACAGUAUAGAGCUAGAGCAGUAUAGAUCUGUUACAGUGUAGAUCUAGAACAGUAUAGAUCUGUUACAGUAUAUAUCUAGAACAGUAUAGAUAUGGUAGAGUAUAGAUCUAGAACAGUAUAGAUAUGGUACAGUAUAGAUCUAGAACAGUAUAGAUAUGGUACAGUAUAGAUCUAGAACAGUAUAGAUAUGUUACAGUGUAGAUCUAGAACAGUAUAGAUCUGUUACAGUAUAGAUCUAGAACAGUAUAGAUAUGUUACAGUAUAUAUCUAUAACAGUAUAGAUAUGGUCCAGUAUAUUUCUAGAACAGUAUAGAUAUGGUACAGUAUAGAUCUAGAACAGUAUAGAUCGUACAGUUAUAGAUCUAGAACAUAUAGUGUACGUAUAGAUCUAGAACAGUAUAGAUCUGUUACAGUAUAGAUCUAGAACAGUAUAGAUAUGGUACAGUAUAGAUCUAGAACAGUAUAGAUCUGUUACAGUAUUUAUCUAUAACAGUAUAGAUAUGGUACAGUAUAUAUCUAGAACAGUAUAGAUAUGUUACAGUAUAUAUCUAUAACAGUAUAGAUAUGGUACAGUAUAUAUCUAGAACAGUUUAGAUAUGGUACAGUAUGAUCUGACAGUUAUAGAUCUAGAACAUUAUAAAUCUGUUACAGUAUAGAUCAAACAUUUAGUCUUUUUACAGUAUUUAUCUAAAACAGUUAUAUGGUACAGUAAUUCUAGAACAGAAAUAGAAUGUUACAGUAUAUAUCUACCCCCGUAUAGAUUGGUACAUUUAUAAUCUAGAACGUAUAAAAAAUUAUUUUAAACAGAAAUAUAUCUAUAACGUAUAGAUAUAGUACAGUAUAGAUCUAAACAGUAUAGUAUGUUACAGUAUAAUCCUUAACAUAUAAUAUGGUACAUUAUAUAUCUAGAACGCAUAAAUGUUACGAAAUAUAUCUAUAACAUAUAAAAUAGGGUACAGUAUAAUCUAGAACAGUAUAGAUAGGUACAUUAAGUUUCAGAACAGUUAGAUCUGUUACAGUGUAGAAUCCUGUUGUCCCCUACUGUUGUAGAACUUGAAAUUCACUUAGUUUUCGGGUUGUUUUGAACCAUAAACUCUAUUUUGUGUGUGUUGUUGUGGUGUGGUUGUGUGUGUGUCCCCGGGCGUGUACGCUACACCAUCCCCCCCUGGGAGAGCUAGAAGCAAGUGGCGAGGAGGAGCUUCUGAAAGCGGCUGUGUCUAAGUUGACCCUUAACCCUUUCAGAGUCACACAGGUGUCCCAUGUACAACACCUUCCUCACUGUAAAAGAUACACACAAACAGGAGACUGUCUGACAAAAACGCCAAUACAGCACAACACACACACACCACCUACAAUACAUCCCAUAAGUAUAUAUCAACCAUUUCUAUUACAGCCAUCUACAAUACAUCCCCUACAUAUAUAUCAACCCUGCUCUAGUUAAGCCAUCUAAAAUACAUCCCUACAUAUAUAUCAACCCUGCUUUUAGUUAACAGCCAUCUACAAUACAUCCCAUACAGUAAUAACCCACCCUGCUCUAGUUAAAAAAGCCAUCUACAAUACACCCCCCUACUAUAUAUCAACCAGCUCUGUUACGCCAUCUACAAUACAUCCCCUAAAAGUAUAUCAACCAGCUCUAGUUACGCCACCCCUACAUACAUCCCCUAAAGUAUAAAAUCAACCACUCUAGUUAACAGGCACUACAAUACAUCCCUACAGUAUAUAUCAACCGCUCUAGUUACAAGCCAUCACAAACAUCCCCUACAGAAAUAUAUCAACCACUCUGGGUUACAGCCAUCACAAUACACCCCUACAGUAUAUCAACCCAGCUCUAGUUACACCAUCUACAAUACAUCCCCUACAGUAUAUAUAACCCUGCCUAUUUAAACAGCCAUCUACAAUACACCCAACAGUAUAUAUCAACCAGCUCUAUUUAAACAAGCAUCUCCCCACCCAUCCCCUACUUCUACCCAACCCCCCACUCUGUAACAGCCAUCUCCCAUACAUCCCCUACAGUAUAUAUCAACCCUGCUCUAGUUACAGCCAUCACAUACACCCCACAGAAAUAUAUCAACCAGCUCUAGUUACAGCCUCUAAUACAAUCCUCAUACAGUAUUAAUCCCCUGCUCUAGUUACACCCAUUACAUACAUCCCCUACGUAAUAUCCAACCAGCUCAGUUACAAGCCAUCUACAAUACAUCCCCUACAGUAUAUCAACCAGCUCUAGUUACAAGCCAGCUACAAUAACCUCAUACAGUAAAAAUAAAAACCCUGCGGUAGUUACAGCCAUCUACAAUACAUCCCUACAGUAAAUCACCCUGCCUAGUUACAGCCAUCUACAAUACAUCCCCUACAGUAAUAUCAACCAGCUCUAGUUACAGCCAUCUACAAUAAAAUCCCCACAGUAUAUCAACCACUCUAGUUAACAGCCAUCUCCCAAAACCCAUACAGUAUAAUAAACCAGCUCAAAGUUAACAACAGCCAUCUACAAACCCCCUACGGGUAUAUACAACCAACUCUAGUUAAAAGCCAUCUACAAUACAUCCCACGAAAUAUACAAACAGCUCUAGUUAAAAAAGCCAUCUACAAUACAUCCCCUACGUAUAUAUAAAAACCAGCUCAGUUACGCCAUCUACAAUACAUCCCACGUAUAUAUCACCGGCUCUAGUUAAAACAAAGCCAUCUACAUCCUCCCCUACAGUAUAAUCAACCCAGCCUAGUAAAGCCACUCAAUACACCCCCUACGUAUAUAUCAACAGCUCUAGUAAAAAGCCAUCUCAAACAUCCCCUACAGUAUAUAUCACCCAGCUCUAGUUACAGCCACUACAAUACAUCCCCUACAGUAUAUAAAACCAGCUCUAAUUACAAAGCCAUCUACAAUACAUCCCCUACGUAUAUAUCAACCCUGCUCUGUUACAGCCAUCUACAAUACUUUCCCCUACAGUUAUCAACCAGCUCUAUUACAGCCACUACAAUACAUCCCCUACAUUUAAAAUCAACCAGCUCUAGUUACAGCCAUCUACAAUAAUUCCCCCUACAGUAAUAUCAACCAGCUCUAUUUACAGCCAUCUACAAAAACAUCCCCUACAGUAUAUCAACCAGCUCUAGUUACAGCCAUCUACAAUACAUCCUCUCAGUAUAUUCAACCUGCUCUAGUUACACAGCCAUCUACAAUACAUCCCCUACAGUAUAUAUAAAACCCUGCUCUAGUUACGCCAUCUACAAUACCAUCCCCAUACAGUAUAUAUCAACCCUGCUCUAGUUACAGCCAUCUACAUACAUCCCAAUACAGUAUAUAUCAACCAGCUCUAGUUACAGCCAUCUACAUACAUACCCCUACCAGUAAUAAAAACCCGCUCUAGUUACAGCAUCUACAAUCCCUCAAAACGUAAAACAACCCGCUCUAGUUACCAAACCAUCUACAAUACAUCCUCAUACAGUAUUAUCAACCCAGCUCUAGUUACAGCCUCUACAAUACUCACCCUACAGUAUAUAUUACCCUGCUCUAGUUACACAGCCAUCUACAAUACAUCCCCAUACAGUAUAUAUCCACCCUGGCUCUAGUUACAGCCAUCUACAAAUACAUCCCCCUACAGAUAUAUCAACCCAGCUCUAGUUAGCAGCCAUCUACAAUACCUCCUCAUACAGUAUAUAUCAACCACUCUAGUUUACAAGUCCAUCUACACUACCUCCCCUACAGUAUAUAUCAACCCAGCUCUAGUUACAGCCAUCUACAAUACAUCCCCAUACAGUAUAUAUCAACCCUGCUCUAGUUACAGCCAUCUACAAUACACCCCCUACAGUAUAUAUCAACCAGCUCUAGUUACAGCCAUCUACAAUACAUCCUCAUACAGUAUAUAUCAACCCUGCUCUAGUUACAGCCAUCUACAAUACAUCCCCUACAGUAUAUAUCAACCAGCUCUAGUUACAGCCAUCUACAAUACAUCCCCUACAGUAUAUAUCAACCAGCUCUAGUUACAGCCAUCUACAAUACAUCCUCAUACAGUAUAUAUCAACCCUGCUCUAGUUACAGCCAUCUACAAUACAUCCCCUACAGUAUAUAUCAACCCUGCUCUAGUUACAGCCAUCUACAAUACAUCCCCUACAGUAUAUAUCAACCAGCUCUAGUUACAGCCAUCUACAAUACAUCCCCUACAGUAUAUAUCAACCAGCUCUAGUUACAGCCAUCUACAAUACAUCCCCAUACAGUAUAUAUCACCAGCUCUAGUUACAGCCAUCUACAAUACAUCCCCUACAGUAUAUAUCAACAACCUCUAGUUAACAGCAUCUACAAUACAUCCCCUACAUAUAUAUCACCAGCUCUAGUUACAACAGCCUAUCUACACUACAUCCCCUACAGUAUAUAUCAACCACUCUAGUUACAGCCAUCUACAAUACAUCCCCUACAGUAUAAAAUCAACCCGCUCUAUUUUUACAGCCAUCUACAAUACAUCCCUACAGUAUAUAUCAACCCAGCUCUAGUUACAGCCAUCUACAAUACAUCCCCUACAGUAUAUAUCAACCAGCUCUAGUUACAGCCAUCUACAAUACAUCCCCUACAGUAUAUAUCAACCCAGCUCUAGUUACAGCCAUCUACAAUACAUCCCCUACAGUAUAUAUCAACCACUCUAAUUACAGCCAUCUACAAUACAUCCCCUACAUAUAUAUCAACCCUGCCUCUGUUACAAGCCAUUUUACAAUACACCCCCUACAGUAUAUAUCAACCAGCUCUAGUUCCCAGCCUCUCCCAAUACAUCCCCUACAGUAUAUAUAAACCCAGCUCUUUUACAGCCAUCUACAAUACAUCCCCUACAGUAUAUAUCAACCAGCUCUAGUUAAAAGCCACUACAAUACAUCCCCUACAGUUUUUAUCACCAGCUCUAGUUACACCAUCUACAAACAUCCCAUACAUUAUAAUACACCCUGCUCUAGUUCCCAGCAUCUAAAAUACAUCCCCUACAGUAUUAUCAACCCUGCUCUAGUUAAAAGCCAUCUACAAUACAUCCCCAUACAGUAUAUAUCAACCCUGCUCUAGUUACAGCCAUCUACAAUACAUCCUCAUACAGUAUAUAUCAACCAGCUCUAUUACAGCCAUCUACAAUACCCCCCUACAGUAUAUAUCAACCCAGCUCUAUUUUACAGCCAUCUACAAUACAUCCCUCAUACAGUAUAUAUCAACCCUGCUCUAUUUAAACAGCCAUCUACAAUACAUCCUCUACAGUAAUAUCACCCAGCUCUAGUUACAGCCAUCUACAAUACAUCCCCUACAGUAUAUAUUAACCCUGCUCUAGUUACAGCCAUCUACAAUACAUCCCCUACAGUAUAUAUCAACCCUGCUCUAGUUACAGCCAUCUACAAUACAUCCCCUACGUAUUAUCAACCCCUCAGUUACAGCCAUCUAAAAUACAUCCUCAUACAGUAUAUAUCAACCAGCUCUAUUACAGCCAUCUACAAUACAUCCCCUACAGUAAAAAUCAACCCAGCUUAGUUUACCGCCAUCUACAAUACAUCCCCUACAGUAUAUAUCAACCAGCUCUAGUUACAGCCAUCUACAAUACAUCCUCAUACAGUAUAUAUACAUACCGGUAUGUUCUAAAAACGUGAUGAUUUGUCCGUCAUCAUUUCAGCCUGUCAGACGGUGUCCUUGGGGAGGGCAUACCUGCAGUCAGAGAUCUCCACAAGCUGGAGUUUGAGUGAGUAUCAUUAUUAAACCCAAUCCCCUAUCACUAGGUAAUAAAACUCAAUAAACUUUUCACUCGAUUUAACACUAGCUAAUAAGUCAAUAAACGUUGAUUUGACUAGGUAAUAAGUCAAACUUUGAUUUGAUUUUAUAGUCCCCCCUGUAGCUCAGUUGGUAGAGCAUGGCGCUUGCAACGCCAGGGUUGUGGGUUCGUUUUCCCACGGGGGCGGCAGGGGGGGGUGGGGGCAGUAUGAAAAAUGUAUGCACUCACUUAACUGUAAGUCGCUCUGGAUAAGAGCGUCUGCUAAAACGACUAAAAUGUACAAAAUGUAAUUUGACUAGGUAAUAACUCAAGAGUUACCCAAUGGUUUGUGUGUUUUCUGUGUGUAGGUUGGGUCCAGUGAAUGGGCCCCUGGCUCUCCCUAAACUCCUGGAGCUGCUGCCAGGCACUGCACAGUCUACAACAUCUGGAGUGAGUACUGCACCCACUAAUGGACGACGUGACGGCAGGACAACGGUGCGCCGUUUUGUUGUCUAGUUGAUUAUGGCGUUUGUCUAAUCUCUCUGUCUCCCUCUCCUAGUCUGGAGAACAGUAAGCUGGGGGACAGCGGAGCGGAGGGGCUGGCUGAAGCUGUGUCGUCUCUCUCCUCUCUGCAGAUUAUCAAGUAAGAACCUCACACUGAGCUCUCUACUUCCUAGAUCAGGGGUCUCCCAACCUGUCGAUCUCAGAGCUCUCUACUUCCUAGAUCAGGGGUCUCCCAACCUGUCGAUCACAGAGCUCUCUACUUCCUAGAUCAGGGGUCUCCCAACCUGUCGAUCACAGAGCUCUCUACUCCCUAGAUCAGUGGUCACCAACCUGUCAGAUCACAGAGCUCUCUACUUCCUAGAUCAGGGGUCUCCCAACCUGUCGAUCACAGAGCUCUCUACUCCCUAGAUCAGCGGUCUCCCAACCUGUCGAUCACAGAGCUCUCUACUUCCUAGAUCAGGGGUCUCCCAACCUGUCGAUCACAGAGCUCUCUACUCCCUAGAUCAGGGGUCACCCAACCUGUCGAUCACAGAGCUCUCUACUUCCUAGAUCAGGGGUCUCCCAACCUGUCGAUCACAGAGCUCUCUACUCCCUAGAUCAGGGGUCUCCCAACCUGUCGAUCACAGAGCUCUCUACUCCCUAGAUCAGGGGUCUCCCAACCUGUCGAUCACAGAGCUCUCUACUUCCUAGAUCAGGGGUCUCCCAACCUGUCGAUCACAGAGCUCUCUACUUCCUAGAUCAGAGGUCUCCCAACCUGUCGAUCACAGAGCUCCGCUACUACUCCCUAGGUCAGCGGGUCACCAACCGGGAUCAGAUCACAGAGCUCUCUACUUCCUAUUAUCAGGGUCUCCCACCUGUCAAACUCAAGAUCUCACUUCCUAGAUCAUGUGCUCCCAACUGUCGAUCACAGAGCUCUCUACUUUUCCUAGUCAGGGGUCUCCCACCUGUCGAUCAAGAGCUCUCUACCCCUAGAUCGGGGUCACCCAACCUGUCCCAUCACAAGCUCUCUACUUCCUAGAUAAGGUCUCCCAACCCGUCGAAACACGAGCUCUCACUCCCCAAUCAGCGGGCUCCCCAACCUGUCAUCACAGGCCUCUCCUUCCUAGAUCAGGUGGGUUUCCCAACCUGUCGUCACAAGCUCUCUACUCCCUAGAAACAGGGUCACCAACCUGUCGAUCACAGAGCUCUCUACUUCCUAGAUCAGGGGUCUCCCCCCAAACCCGUCGAUCACGAGCUCCUCUAAAUCCCUAGAUCAGGGUCUCCCCCUGCGUCACAAGCUCUCUACCCCUAGUCAGGGGUCCCCAACCUUUGAUCACAGAGCUCUCUACUUCCUAGAUCAGGGUCCCCAACCGUCGAUCACGAGCUCUCUACUUCCUAGAUCAGAGGUCUCCCACCUGUCGAUCACAACUCUCUCUCCCUAGGUCAGCGGUCACCAAACCCGGGCAAUCACAGAGCUCUCUACUCCCUAGAUCAUGGUCUCCAACCUGUCAUCACAGAGCUCUCUACUUCCUAGAUCAGUGGGUUACCCAACCUGUCGAUCAAAAGCUCUCACUCCCUAGUCAGAGUCCCACCUGUCGAUCACAGCUCUCUCUUCCUAGAUCAGCGGUCACCACCUGUCGAUCACAGAGCUCUCUACUUCCUGAUCAGCGGUCACCAACCGUCGAUCACAGAGCCUCUCUUCCUAGAUCAGGGUCACCACCUGUCGUCACAGGCCUCUACCCCUAGAUCAGCGUCCCCAACCUUCGACACAGACUCUCUACCCCAGAUCAGUGGUUACCAAACCGUCAAUCACAGAGCCUCCUUCCCGAUCAGUGUUACAACCUGUCGAUCACAGAGCUCUCUUCCUAGCAGCGUCCCCCAACCGUCGAUCCGGCUCUCUAUUUCUAGACAGGGUACCACCUCCCAAAACAGAGCUCUCUACUCCCUAUCAGGUCACCAAGGUCAGAUCACCGUGUCUUCAUUUCCUCAGUCAUAGAUGUAAAAAGAGAAGCCUCGAACCACAGCAAAAUUGAUACUGUGACUUUUAAAAAUUUAAAAACCAUGACUAACGACUCAACGAGUACCAAAGACUGCUGUUUUAGAUAAGUAGUUUAGUUGUUAACGCCGUAACACUUGUUCCACCUUUAGACAAAAAAAUCACGUUCUCCUACUUCCACUCACCUCAACCCUGCACCUAUGAUAUACACAACGUUCCAUAACUUGCGUGUUAUUAUUAGUGGCUUUGGUCUUUAAUGUCGAGAAUAUUUCACUUUUCUCUGUCAUAAGGGUACACAUAAUUGAUGCUAGGCAAAUUAAUGCAGUGUGACUUGAGUUUCGCAUCACUGAACUGUGUCCCUUUUCUCAGCGAGGAGGGAGAGAGGGGACGUGAGUCGGGUGAGGGCCUCACGCUGCUCCUCCCUCCCCAGACUGACCAUCAGAUCAGUCAUCAUCGCCUCACCGCUGCUCCCUCCCCUCAACUGACCAUCAGUUUUCGUCAGCCCACCACUCUCCCCCCUCCCCUCAGACUGACCAUCAAUGCAGGCCAUCAGUCAGCCUCAACCACGCUGCUCCCUCCCUCCCCUCAGACUGACCAUCAGAUGCAGGCCAUCAGUCAGCCUCACCGCUGCUUCCCUCCCCUCAGACUGACCAUCAGAUAUCAGGUCAUCAGUCAGCCUCACCUGCUGCUCCCUCCCCCCCUCAGACUGACCAUCAGGUCAUCAGUCACGCCUCACCGCUGCUCCCUCCCUCCCCUCAGACUGACCAUCAGAUCGCAUCAGUCACCUCACCGCUGCUCCCUCCCUCCCUCCCCUCAGACUGACCAUCAGAUGCAGUCCAUCAGUCAGCCUCACCGCUGCUCCCUCCCUCCCCUCAACUGACCUCACCUCAUCGCCUCCGCCUCCUCCCUCCCCUCAGACUGACCAUCAGAUGCAGGUCAUCAGUCACGCCUCACCGCUGCUCCCUCCCCCCUCAGACUGACCAUAUCAGGCCAUCAGUCAGCCCUCACCACUGCUCUCCCUCCCUCCCCUCAGACUGACCAUCAGUCAUCAGUCAAGCCUCACCGCUGCUCUCUACCUCCCUCCCCUCAGACUGACCAUCAGAUGCAGGUCAUCAGUCAGCCUCACGCUGCUCCCUCCUCCUCCCCUCAGACUGACCAUCAGUCCAGUAAAAAGAAACAGCAAAUGAUUCUGCUAACUCAGCUGUGCCUCCCUCACAAGUAAUACAACAAAUGAUCUAUUACCAGUGUCAUCAUAUACCACAUUUUGUUCUAUACAUUUCAAAAUAGUCUGAGAAGAUCAACAUUGGCAGGGCAGUUCAAUCAUAGCCAUAUGCAGUGAUAAUGUUUUGGCCCUAUAGCCUACUGCACAAACCUCAUUGCUACAGAACGGUAUUUAAUUGGUUAAUGUCUUAUGUUUUGUAAUUCUUUUAUUUAAAAAAAGAUAUGAGCUGUAGAUCUCUGCUUGCAUUUUGACUCAGAAAAGGUUGGUCGACCACUGCCCUAGAUAAUAUCUAUCAGCAAAAACAUUCAGUCAGUUACUGUGCUUUUGAGAACAGUGUUUAUGAUCCCUCUCCUCCUCCUCCUCCUCUCCUCUCUCUUCUCCUCCCCUCCUCUCUCUCCUCCUCCUCUCCUCUCUCUUCUCCUCCCCUCCUCUCCUCUCCUCUCUCUCCUCUCCUCUCCUCUCCUCUCCUCUCCUCCCCUCCUCUCCUCCUCCUCCCCUCCUCUCCUCCUCCUCCCUCUCCUCCUCUCUUCUCCUCCCCUCCUCUCUCUUCUCCUCUCCUCUCCUCCUCUCUCCUCUCCUCCCCUCCUCUCUCCCCUCCUCUCUCUUCUCCUCCCCUCCUCCCCCUCCUCUCUCCUUCUCCUCUUCCUCCUCCUCCUCCCUCUCCUCCUCUCUCUUCUCCUCUCCUCCUCCUCCUCCCUCUCCUCCUCCCUCCCUCUCUCUCUUCUCCUCCUCCUCCCCUCCUCUCCUCUUCUCCUCUCCUCUCCUCUCUCUCUCUCCUCCCUCCUCCCUCUCCUCUCCUCUCUCCUCCUCUCCUCUCCUCUUCCUCUCCUCUCCUCUCCCUCUCCUCUCCUCUCCUCUCCUCUCCUCUCCUCUCCUCUCCUCUCCUCUCCUCUCCUCUCUCAGUCUGUCUCAGAACUGUAUAGGAGACCAUGGACUAGAGAGACUGGCUCCUGCCCUGUCCACCCUCCCCUCACUGCACUGUCUCAGGUAUACACACACACACACACCACACACCACACACACACACACACCCACACACACACCCACACACACACACACAACACACACACACCACACACACCCACCCUGUCUGUGUCCUCUUAAUCUGAUGGUCUAAUCCUGUCUAUUGUCCAGUCUGUAAUCUGAUGGUCUAAUCCUGUCUGUUGUCCAGUCUGUAAUCUGAUGGACUAAUCCUGUCCAGUCUGUAAUCUGAUGGUCUAACCCGCUUUGCCCAGUUGUUAAUCGAGGUCAAACCUGUCUGUUUCCAGUCUGUAAUUGUGGUUAAUCCUGUCCAUUGGAAUCUGAUGGUCUAAUUGUUUUGUUCCAGUCUGAAACCCGAUGGUCUAAUCUGUCAUUGUCCAGUCUGUAAUCUUGGUCAAAUCCGUCCAGUUGUAAUCUGAUGGCUAACCCUUCCAGUCUGAAUCUGAUGAUCAAAUCCUGUCUUUUGCCCAGUCUGAAAUUUGGUAAAAACCCGUCUAUUGUCCAGUUGAAAUCUGGGGUUUAAACCCUGGUUUUUUCCCAGACUGUAAUCUGUGGUCAAUCCUUUCAUUUCCAUUUUAAAAUCUGUGGUCAAACCCUGUCUUUUGCCAGUCUGUAAUUGAUGGUUAACCGUCUUUUUGCCUUUUGAAAAUCUGAGGUCUAACCUGUUAUGCCCAGUCGAAAUGGGGUUAAAUCUGUCUAUUGUCCGUCUGAAAUUGAUGGUUAAUCCGUCUUUGUCCAGUCUGAUCUGAGGCUAAUCCUGCCAGUCGAAAUCUGAGGUUUCUUCUUUAUUGUCCAGUCGUAAUCUGAUGGUCUAAUCCGUCUAAGCCCAGUCGUAAUCUGAGGGCAAAUCCUGUCUAUUGUCCAGUCUGUAAUCUGAGGUUAACCCUGCUUUUUGUCCAGUCUAAAAUUGAGGGUUUAAUCCUGUUUUUGUCCAGCUGUAAUCGAUGGUCUAAUCCUGCUUUUGCCCAGUUGUAAUCUGUGGGUUAACCCGUCUAUUGUCCUUUUAAAAUUGAGGUUAACCUGUCGUUGCCAGUCUGAAUCCGAUGGUCAAUCGUCUUUUUGUCCAGUCUUAUCUGAUGGUCUAAUCCUGUCUAUUGUCCAGCUGUAAUUGAGGGUCAAUCCUUUUAUGCCCAGUCUGAAAUCUGAUGGUCAACCCGUUAUUUGUCCUCUGAAUCGAUGGUCUAACUGUCUAUUGUCCAGUCUGUAAUCUGAUGGUCUAAUCCUGUCUAUUGUCCGCUGAAAUUGAGGGUCAAUCCAGCUAUUGCCAGUCUGAAAUCGAGGGUUAAUCCUGUCAUUGUCCGUCUGAAAUCGGGGUUAAUCCUGUCUAUUGUCCAGUCUGUAAUCUGAUGGUCUAAUCCUGUCUAUUGUCCAGUCUGUAAUCUGAUGGUCUAAUCCUGUCUAUUGUCCAGUCUGUAAUCUGAGGUCUAACCCUGUCUAUUGUCCAGUCGUAAUUGUGGUCUUCCUGUUUUUGCCAGUCUGUAAUCUGUGGUCAAACCCUGUCUAUGCCCAGCGAAUCUGAUGGUCUAAUCCUGUCUUUGUCCAGUCGUAAUUGAGGGGUAAAUCCUGUUAUUGCCAGUCUUAAUCGGGGUCUAAUCCUGUCGUUGUAGUCUGUAAUCUGAUGGUCUAACCCUGUCUGUUGUCCAGUCUGUAAUCUGAUGGUCUAAUCCUGUCUAUGUAGUCUGAACUGAGGGUCUAAUCCUGUCUAUGUCCAUUGUAAUCUGAGGGGUCUUCCUGCCCGGGUCUGUAAUCCGAUGGUCUAACCUGUUUAUUUCCAUCUGUAAUCUGAUGGUCUAAUCCUGUCUGUUGUCCAGCGUAUUGAGGUUUAACCCCGUUGUUGCCCAGUCGUAAUUGAUGGUCAACCCUGUCGUGUCCGUCUGUAACCCGAUGGUCAAAUCCUGUCUUUGUCCAGUCUUAAUUGAUGGUCUAACCCUUUGUUUCCAGUCUGUAAUUGAUGGUCUAACCCUGUCCAGUCUUAAUUGAUGGUCUAAUCUGUUUAUUGCCAGUCGAAAUUGAUGGUCAUCCUGUCUUUUCCAGUCUGUAAUCUGAUGGUUAAUCCGUCCAGUCUGUAAUCGAGGUUAACCCUGUUUUUUUCCAUCUGAAAUUGAUGGUCUAAUCCUGCCAGCGUAAUUGGGGGUCAAAUUUGUCUAUUGUCCGUCUGUAAUUGAGGGUCUAAUCCGUCUAUUGUCCAGUCUGAAUCUGAUGGUUAAUCCUGUCUUUUUGUCCAGUCUGUAAUUGAUGGUCAAAUCCUGUCUGUUGCCCAGUCUGUAAUUGAGGGUCUAAUCCGUCCAGUCUGUAAUCUGAGGGUUUAACCCUGUUAUUUCCAGUCUGAAAUCGAUGGUCAACCCUGUCUAUUUCCAGUCUGUUCGUGGUCAAAUCCUGUCAUGUCCAGUCUGAACUGAUGGUCUACAACAUUCGGAGAGUGCGCCCCUCCUUUAAAAGGAAGGGCGCAGGUCCGUCCAGCAUUUGUCAUUCCCCUCGGACUACUGAAAAUGGGUUUUGGCGGGGGCCCCCCCCGGGGGGCCCUUUAAAAAACCCACAAUCUCCGAAUCCCCAGCCUUUGGUGUUAAACCUUCCCAAGUUCUCUAAAGUCCCCCCCCCCCUUCCCUCCCACCCCCCACUGGUUUCCCAGUUGAAGCUCGCACCUACUACAAACCUGGUGCUUUCCUUUUGGAGCAGGGGGGGAACGGCACCCCCUACCUUCAGGCUUGAUCAGUCCCUUCCCCCCAAACGAGGACAUGGUUUUUCCACCCUUUGGGCCCGCUGGUCCCCUUCCCCCGGAAGCCCCGUCCCCCCAGCCCAUAAAACUGUUCGCUGCUUGGACCCAAUGGGGUGGAACAAGCUCCUCACGACGCCGACAGGGGUACUAACCCCCUCCCGGGACAUUGAAACCCCCCCUCUUUAAGGAAUACUGGGUAGGCUAAGUAUUUUUCUAACCCCCCCCCCCCCCCCCCCCCCCCAAAUUGUAAAGUGGUUAUCCCCCUGGCCCCAUAGGGUGAACGCACAAAUUUUUGGAGUCCUUGGUAAGAGCGUUUUAAAUGACGUUAAUGGCCCUUGGGAAGGACUUUUCCCUAAUGUCCGUAAGUCGCUCUGGUUUUAAAAGGUUGUAAAAGACUAAAAAGUAAAAUGUAAAUUUAAAAAGUCAAUCCUUUCCAGUCUGAUUGAUUUGGGCUAAUCCUUUUGUUUUCCCGCGUAAAUUUUUGAGGUCUAAACCUGUCCGCUGUAAACUAUGGUCUAAAAACCGUUUUUUAUCGUACAGUAAUGUGAUAUCAGACGGGGGUGCUGACAGUCUGGCUGCUGUUUUACCUCAGAUGACAUCACUCAGCGACCUGGAGUAAGUCUGAAACCAUUUUUUAAAAACAAACAUGACUCGGAAAAGGGUAGAUCCCAAUGGGUCAGUACGUGGGGGCAAUACUCCGGGUUCAGAACUACUACGGUUUGACUCAGUGUCGUCCCCCCCCCCCCCCCCAUGUUGUCUGCAGUGUAAAGUACAACAGGUUUAAGCCUGGGGGCCAGAGUUGGCUUCCCGUUGAGGGGGUCGUGGUCAAGGUCUGGGGUAGGACCCUCAUCUAAUACAAUCAUAUCAUGAUAACAGAUAGGGAAAAAUCCAUGGCAGGAUCUAAACAAUCUAUCAUGAUAAAGUUAAAGGGGGAAUCCAUGGACAAAGGGGUCUAAUUUCAAUCAAUCAUAUAACAGAUAGGAGGAAUCCAGGAUAGGAGUUAAUAUAAUCUAUCAUGAUAAAGUAUGGAGGAAAUCCAUGGAUCAGGGGUCUAAAACAAUAACAUGAAACGUAUGGAGGAAAUCCAGGGUCAGGAGUUAAUAAAAACUAUAUGAUAAAGUAGGAGGGAAACCCCGGAUCAGGGGUCUAAUCAAUCAUAUUUAUGAUAAGAAGGAGGAAAAUCCUGGCCCCGGGGUCUAAUAAAUCAUUCAUGAUAACGUAUAGGAGGAACUCCAUGGAUCAAUAGCUAAUUUCAAACAUAUAAGUAACAUAUACAGGGGGGAGAAAAAGAUUUGAUACACUGCCGAUUUUGCAGGGUUUUUUACUUACAGAGCAGUAGAGGGCUUAAUUUUUUAUCAAAGGGCACUUCAACGUGGAGAGGAAUCUAAAACAAAAAAACCAGAAAAUCAAAUUUUUGAUUUUUAAUAAAAAUUUGCAUUUUAAAACUCCAAUAACUGUAGAAUAGAAGAAAACAUGAAAACAAAGGCUGGGUUUCACAGUAAAAAAAAAAUGCCAAGUAAUUGACACGGGUAAUAAUGGGGGAACAGGGAGAGGAGAGAGGAGAGAGCGGAGCGAGAGAGAGGAGAGAGGAGAGAAGGAGAAAAGAGAGAAGAGAACGGAGCAAAGAGAGAGAAGAGAGAGGAAAGAGAAGAAUAGACGAGAGAGAAGAGAGAGGAAGACGGAGAAGAGAGAGAUGAGGAAGAGGAGGAAGAUCAAGGUAAGAUAUAGCUAGAGAACUACCAUAUUAUAUAUAAUAUAUAAGGCAAUUAUUUUCCAUUAAUAUAUCUAAUCAUAUCUCUACCUCCCCAACUCUUAUCCUCUUCUCUCUCCCCAUCUAUCUCCCCCUCUUCUCCCCUCUAGAUGGGCUCUGUAUCUCGUCUUCCACCUCCACCCCCUUCCUCUACUUCGUGGUGGAACGCGUGUAUUCCCUACGGGGUGUUAGAGAGACUGCAACAACAGGAUCCACGGAUUCAGCUGCUCUAGAACAUUGUUCAAAUGUUGUUUCUAACAGAACCCCAGAGGAUACAGUCACUCCUAGAACAUUUUUUCUGUUCUAGAACUGUGUCUUACCAUCAAGGAUAGGGAAACAAACCCACUCUAGAACACGGUCUAUGGGGUUCAGCCAUGCAGGAUUCGAGUGGAGCCAUAUAUUAUUUAAAAAAACUUUCCCUUGAAGCUGUUCUCAGGGUUUGCUAUUGGUUAUAUGCACUGUUCUGCAUAGAGAUCCUAUUUAAAUGACUAGAGGGGGCUUUGUCAUAAACCCUCAAGGUUCCAGAAAUUGGGGUGAAAAUGGCAGCCAUCUUGGUCAGGGAGAAAUCCAAACCAGUCUAAUUGGUAUGAAUGGCAGUAGAGGCAGAAUCCCGAUUUUUACUAUGCAGGACAAUAAAAGUUAGACGUGAUGUAUCAGAAAUUGUGUGAUAGAAUUAUUGUCAACCUAAAAUAUUGUCAUAUAAUUAUAAAUACAGUUUAUACGGGGUUUAUACACAUUUGCUGUAUAAAUAACCUCUAAAAUAUAUAUAAACAGACCACAAAUAUCUCAAUUUAAUUUUUCUUGGAAAGCUGUGAGUGCUAUUAUAUGACACAAUAUCAGUACUUGUUGCUUUUACAACUUGUCUUAGUCCUAUCAUUAACUGAUUUCAGACAGGGUAUGGCUGUGGAUUGAAUGUGUUGUUUAAAUUGAAUGUUGGCAGUUAAUUUGACAUAUUAAUGGAAUCAUUCCUCUGAAACUAACUGGCUAGCUAGCUAACAAACUUACAGUGCAGAUAAAUUCUUCAAAUUCAUUAUUUUAUACAAUAUCUUAUCACAGCACUGGCAAACCAUGGUUGAACAACUCCCUGACCAAAAUGGCUGACCUUUAUCCAAUCAUAAGAAGGUUGAUGGCCAUUCUAGAAUUCUCAUUCAGUGCUGUUCUAUCUGUGGUCCUGGACACCACUGUUCUGUCUGUGUUCCCUGGACACCACUGUUCUGUCUGUGUUCCCUGGACACCACUGUUCUGUCUGUGUUCCUGGACACCACUGUUCUGUCUGUGUUCCCUGGACACCACUGUUCUGUCUGUGUUCCCUGGACACCACUGUUCUGUCUGUGUUCCCUGGACACCACUGUUCUGUCUGUGUUCCCUGGACACCACUGUUCUGUCUGUGUUCCCUGGACACCCCUGUUCUGUCUGUGUUCCCUGGACACCACUGUUCUGUCUGUGUUCCCUGGACACCACUGUUCUGUCUGUGUUCCCUGGACACCCCUGUUCUGUCUGUGGUCCUGGACACCACUGUUCUGUCUGUGUUCCCUGGACACCACUGUUCUGUCUGUGUUCCCUGGACACCACUGUUCUGUCUGUGUUCCUGGACACCACUGUUCUGUCUGUGUUCCCUGGACACCACUGUUCUGUCUGUGUUCCCUGGACACCACUGUUCUGUCUGUGUUCCCUGGACACCACUGUUCUGUCUGUGUUCCCUGGACACCACUGUUCUGUCUGUGUUCCCUGGACACCCUGUUCUGUCUGUGUUCCCUGGACACCACUGUUCUGUCUGUGUUCCCUGGACACCACUGUUCUGUCUGUGUUCCCUGGACACCCCCUGUUCUGUCUGUGUUCCCUGGACACCACUGUUCUGUCUGUGUUCCCUGGGACACCCCUGUUCUGUCUGUGUUCCCUGGACACCACUGUUCUGUCUGUGUUCCCUGGGACACCACUGUUCUGUCUGUGUUCCCUGGGACACCACUGUUCUGUCUGUGUUCCCUGGACACCCCUGUUCUGUCUGUGUUCCCUGGACACCCCUGUUCUGUCUGUGUUCCCUGGACACCACUGUUCUGUCUGUGUUCCCUGGACACCACUGUUCUGUCUGUGUUCCCUGGACACCACUGUUCUGUCUGUGUUCCCUGGACACCCCUGUUCUGUCUGUGUUCCCUGGGACACCACUGUUCUGUCUGUGUUCCAUGGGGACACCAAUGUUCUGUCUGUGUUCCCUGGGGACACCAAUUGUUCUGUUCUGUGUUCCCUGGGACACACUGUUAUGUCUGUGUUCCCUGGGACACCCCUGUUCUGUCUGUGUUCCCUGGACACCACUGUUCUGUACUGUGUUCCCUGGACACCCUGUUCUGUCUGUGUUCCAUGACACCAACUGUUAUGUCUGUGUUCCUGGACACCCCUGUUCUGUCUGUGUUCCCUGGACACCACUGUUCUGUCUGUGUUCCCUGGACACCCCUGUUCUGUCUGUGUUCCUGGACACCACUGUAUGUGUGUUAUGGUUCCUUAAUGGUCUGCAGGGUACCUUUUUUAUUUGCACUGACAUUUGAAUGUAUUUGAAUGUAUUUUUUAUACUAGUCUAACUUCAUUCUGUGUGUCUGUGUCUGUGGAACAUUUUUUUGCACUGGAUCAUUAUAUUAAGUUUGCACUGAAAAAUAAAAAUGUUGAGAUAGGCAGAGGAGUUGGUUAAAGAACUGGACCCCCCCAGACUACUCUACACAGUACCAGAUAUAGACAGAGGAGUUGGUUAAAGAACUGGACCCCCCCAGACUACUCUACACAGUACCAGAUAUAGACAGAGGAGUUGGUUAAAGAACUGGACCCCCCCCAGACUACUCUACACAGUACCAGAUAUAGACAGAGGAGUUGGUUAAAGAACUGGACCCCCCCCCCAGACUACUCUACACAGUACCAGAUAUAGACAGAGGAGUUGGUUAAAGAACUGGACCCCCCCCCAGACUACUCUACACAGUACCAGAUAUAGACAGAGGAGUUGGUUAAAGAACUGGACCCCUCCCCAGACUACUCUACACAGUACCAGAUAUAGACAGAGGAGUUGGUUAAAGAACUGGACCCCCCCCCCCAGACUACUCUACACAGUACCAGAUAUAGACAGAGGAGUUGGUUAAAGAACUGGACCCCCCCCCCCAGACUACUCUACACAGUACCAGAUAUAGACAGAGGAGUUGGUUAAAGAACUGGACCCCCCCAGACUACUCUACACAGUACCAGAUAUAGACAGAGGAGUUGGUUAAAGAACUGGACCCCCCCCCCCCCCCCCAGACUACUCUACACAGUACCAGAUAUAGACAGAGGAGUUGGUUAAAGAACUGGACCCCCCCCCAGACUACUCUACACAGUACCAGAUAUAGACAGAGGAGUUGGUUAAAGAACUGGACCCCCCCAGACUACUCUACACAGUACCAGAUAUAGACAGAGGAGUUGGUUAAAGAACUGGACCCCCCCCAGACUACUCUACACAGUACCAGAUAUAGACAGAGGAGUUGGUUAAAGAAACUGGACCCCCCCCCCCAGACUACUCUACACAGUACCAGAUAUAGACAGAGGAGUUGGUUAAAGAACUGGACCCCCCCCCCCAGACUACUCUACACAGUACCAGAUAUAGACAGAGGAGUUGGUUUAAAGAACUGGACCACCCCCCCAGACUACUCUACACAGUACCAGAUAUAGACAGAGGAGUUGGUUAAAGAACUGGACCCCCCCAGACUACUCUACACAGUACCAGAUAUAGACAGAGGAGUUGGUUUAAAGAACUGGACCCCCCAGACUACUCUACACAGUACCAGAUAUAGACAGAGGAGUUGGUUAAAGAACUGGACCCCCCCAGACUACUCUACACAGUACCAGUAUAGACAGAGGAGUUGGUUAAAGAAACUGGACCCCCCCCAGACUUACUCUACACAGUACCAGAUAUAGACAGAGGAGUUGGUUAAAGAAACUGGAACCCCCCCCCCACCCCAGACUACUCUACACAGUACCAGAUAUAGACAGAGAGUUGGUUAAAGAACUGGACCCCCCCCCCCCCCAGACUACUCUACACAGUACCAGAUAUAGACAGAGGAGUUGGUUUAAAGAACUGGACCCCCCAGACUACUCUACACAGUACCAGAUAUAGACAGAGGAGUUGGUUAAAGAACUGGACCCCCCCCCCCCCCCCCCCCCCCCCCCCCCCCCCCAGGACUACUCUACACAGUACCAGAUAUAGACAGAGGAGUUGGUUAAAGAACUGGACCCCCCCCCCCCCCCCCAGACUACUCUACACAGUACCAGAUAUAGACAGAGGAGUUGGUUAAAGAACUGGACCCCCCCCCCCCAGACUACUCUACACAGUACCAGAUAUAGACAGAGGAGUUGGUUAAAGAACUGGACCCCCCCCCCCCAGACUACUCUACACAGUACCAGAUAUAGACAGAGGAGUUGGUUUAAAGAACUGGACCCCCCCCCCCCCCCAGACUACUCUACACAGUACCAGAUAUAGACAGAGGAGUUGGUAAAGAACUGGACCCCCCCCCCCCCCCCAGACUACUCUACACAGUACCAGAUAUAGACAGAGGAGUGGUUAAAGAACUGGACCCCCCCCCCAGACUACUCUACACAGUACCAGAUAUAGACAGAGGAGUUGGUUAAAGAACUGGACCCCCCCCAGACUACUCUACACAGUACCAGAUAUAGACAGAGGAGUUGGUUAAAGAACUGGACCCCCCCAGACUACUCUACACAGUACCAGAUAUAGACAGAGGAGUUGGUUAAAGAACUGGACCCCCCCAGUCUACUCUACACAGUACCAACGUAAUGGUGAUGUUUGUCAGAUACAGGUUAAAUCAGGGUUAUAUCCGUCUGUGCUGUUGAAACGUACUUCCUUUAUAUCAGGUUUCUGUUCCGUGUUUCUAGCUGAAAACAGCUUCAUCAGGAUGUCUGCAGACGGAGAUGACAGAACUACAUUCUUACAUUGAGUACAGAUUACAUUCCUCUCUGGCCUAUCAGAGAUCACCCUGCCUAGACCAUGUAUCAUAGGGGGGGGAGUUUGUUUUUGCGUCACUGGGUUUUGGCGAAGAUUUCACUUCAGGACCAUGUGGGGCGGUCUAAAAUGUGCACGCUUCGCCCAACCGGGCGAUCCAAAACAAACAGGGCCAUGCUAUCAGGUACAGUAGAAUAAUAUCUGUAUCCAAAACAAACACGGUCAUACUAUCAGGUACAGUAGCAUAAUAUCUGUAUCCAAAACAAACACGGUCAUACUAUCAGGUACAGUAGAAUAAUAUCUGUAUCCAAAACAAACAGGGCCAUGCUAUCAGGUACAGUAGAAUAAUAUCGGUAUCCAAAACAAACACGGUCAUACUAUCAGGUACAGUAGAAUAAUAUCUGUAUCCACGGGUAAGCAUGUCCUCUCUGAAACUCAGGGCCCAACACUCACCUACGACCGUAGAGUUUCUCCAGGUAAGCCAGGAAUUUGCUGUACCUGCAAUUGUUCAAUGAACACACAUAAAAGCAACUGACAUGUAUUGCCUCACAUUUGUGCAGGUAAAACAAUUCUGUUCUGUGAAUACCAGUAUUGAAGAGUUCACUUUUGUUACAUUACAUUUUUAGUCAUUUAGCAGACGCUCUUAUCCAGAGCAAUUAGGGUUAAGUGCCUUGCUCAAGGGGCACAUCGACAGAUUUUUCACCUAGUCGGCUCGGGGGAUUAGAACCAGCGACCUUUCGGUUACUGGGCACAACGCUCUUAACCACUAAGCCACCUGCCGCCUCACGUUACAUCAUGUGAGGAGGACAAUUUAAGGUCUUGUUCUUGUUAUUCUACACUGACAUAACUUUCCUCUGCACUGACCUGACUGCAACUGGGUUUGACAACGGCCAGAUGAUGGGAGUGUGUUUCACCUUGCCCAUAUCCCAUCUUAGCAUAAAGCAUGUCCUUGACAAUGCUAAAGAGGGCCCGUCUGUCCUUCAUCUCAACGCCAUGCUCUUUGCUCCAUAGCCACCUCCAGACUGCUUGGAGCAGGUGAAAAACACAGAGGAGGAGGGGGGUUGCCUCCGGGGGAAGGCCUAAUGCUCCUCUCUCUGCCUCGCAGUCGUCGGGGCCACUGCCUGACCUCUGACCUCUCCCAGCAAAUGCAUCCUCCGCCCAAUAUCUCCUUCAGGAGCGCUGAAGGCCCUCAAAAAAAAUGGGUGGCCUCAUCUUCUGACUGGGUGGAAAGAUGAUCCGAAGAGGAAAGACCACCUGCACAUGUGUGCGUCAAUAGUAAAACAACACACUCUGCAGUUCUCUCUGUCCGGAUGUUUCCGGACGAAUCGAUGAAACAUGGCUCCCCACUGUGUUUUUAGCUGAUGGACCCGUUUCGUAAAGGGGGGGGGGGGGGAGCAUAUGGCCACGAGAGGAGUUCCACCUGAAGAUGUUUGCUAUCACAGGUGUUGCUGCGUUUAGAUCUAUCUGCCUCUCUAGUGCUGACGUCAUGAAAGGCCCACUCCGCUCUCCAUACUCUUUCUCUCUUUUUAAAGGGCUUUCUGAUACAAUCUGUGCCAAAUACAUGGUGAAAAUGUCAAAUAAACCUUGUCUCUUAAAAAAAUAUAUAUUCUACAGAAGCUUAUUUUUUAAACAUUUAAUUUUGGCUCUGUAGUUUCCCAGGAUUUGCAAUCUUACACUGUAUAUGAUGUGAAAAUACACUGUUAUCGCCACUUUCCUAAACACAGAUAAUAUAUGAGAUGUAUGUGGGUGAGACCAAUGUAUCUGAAACGUGUGUAUCAUGAAUGGCUUUGAUCAUUUCUCUAGGGAGCAGCAUUUCUCACACACGGAACCAUCCCCUGUGAGUCCACAGCAAAAACACUGGUCUCACUCACUACUGUAUAUAUAGACUCAUAUAGUACUGUAUAUAUAGUCUCAUAUAGUACUGUAUAUAUAGCCUCAUAUAGUACUGUAUAUAUAGCCUCAUAUAGUACUGUAUAUAUAGCCUCAUAUAGUGUAUAUAUACCCUCAUAUAGUACUGUAUAUAUAGUCUCAUAUAGUACUGUAUAUAUAGCCUCAUAUAGUACUGUAUAUAUAGCCUCAUAUAUUACUGUAUAUAUAGCCUCAUAUAGUACUGUAUAUAUAGCCUCAUAUAGUACUGUAUAUAUAGCCUCAUAUAGUACUGUAUAUAUAGCCUCAUAUAUUACUGUAUAUAUAGCCUCAUAUAGUACUGUAUAUAUAGCCUCAUAUAGUACUGUAUAUAUAGCCUCAUAUAGUACUGUAUAUAUAGCCUCAUAUAGUGUAUAUAUAGCCUCAUAUAGUACUGUAUAUAUAGCCUCAUAUAGUACUGUAUAUAUAGUCUCAUAUAGUACUGUAUAUAUAGCCUCAUAUAGUACUGUAUAUAUAGUCUCAUAUAGUACUGUAUAUAUAGCCUCAUAUAGUACUGUAUAUAUAGCCUCAUAUAGUACUGUAUAUAUAGCCUCAUAUAUUACUGUAUAUAUAGCCUCAUAUAGUACUGUAUAUAUAGCCUCAUAUAGUACUGUAUAUAUAGCCUCAUAUAGUACUGUAUAUAUAGCCUCAUAUAUUACUGUAUAUAUAGCCUCAUAUAGUACUGUAUAAAUAGCCUCAUAUAGUACUGUAUAUAUAGCCUCAUAUAGUACUGUAUAUAGCCUCAUAGUGUAUAUAUAGCCUCAUAUAGUACUGUAUAUAUAGCCUCAUAUAGUAAUGUAUAUAUAGUUCUCAUAUGUAUGUAUAUUAGCCUCAUAUAGUACUGUAUAUAGUCUCAUAUAGUACUGUAUAUAUAGCCUCAUAUAGUACUGUAUAUAUAGUCUCAUAUAGUACUGUAUAUAUAGCCUCAUAUAGUACUGUAUAUAUAGUCUCAUAUAGUACUGUAUAUAUAGCCUCAUAUAGUAUGUUAUUACUGUAUAUAGCCUCAUAUAGUACUUUAUAUAUGCCUCAUAUAGUACUGUAUAUAUGCCUCAUAUAGUAAUGUAUAUAUAGUCUCAUAUAGUACUGUAUAUAUAGCCCAUAUAGUACUGUAUAUAUAGCCUCAUAUAGUGUAUAUAUAGCCUCAUAUAGUACUUUAUAUAUAGCCUCAUAUAGUACUGUAUAUAUAGCCUCAUAUAGUACUGUAUAUAUAGCCUCAUAUAGUACUGUAUAUAUAGCCUCAUAUAGUACUGUAUAUAUAGUCCUCAUAUAGUACUGUAUAUAUAGCCUCAUAUAGUACUUUAUAUAUAGCCUCAUAUAGUACUGUAUAUAUAGCCUCAUAUAGUACUGUAUAUAUAGUCUCAUAUAGUACUGUAUAUAUAGCCUCAUAUAGUACUGUAUAUAUAGUAUCAUAUAGUAUUGUAUAUAUAGCCUCAUAUAGUACUGUAUCUGUGUAAAAACAGUUCCCACUGCCAUAGAGAGCACACAGGCCAAUCUAAAUGACCUUUAAAUAUGUUUAAGAAAGAGAGAAGAUGAUGUUGGUGCUGGGAAUAAGGCAUACGUCCCGGUGUCUGGACAGAGAGCUCUAUUUGCAGAGGCAAAUAUGUCAUUAUCCCCCCAUGUUCCAUCCAAAGCUGAUGAAGGGGAGUGCCCAGUCUCAAACAGCCUUGACAAGGUCUCUGUGGCUUUGGCCCCAACAUCCCUGGGGGUUGAAGUGAUCGUGGUUGUGGACAUCGGACCGGAUACACCGGGGAAAGAUGUGGGUCCUCGCUUCCUAGAACAAACAUUUCAUUGUCUUCAGCUAAAUCAAAGUUGGAGAAUGAUUAACCACAAUGGGCAGGCUUGUAUAUGUCAAUAAACCAUUCACACCAUUCUCCUCAGCCUCCCCCUUUCUGGUGACACGGCGUAUCAGAGUGAUUCUCAUUUUGGAUGGACAGCAAGUGUUUUUUUUAUGUUCCCUUGUCGUCUGCAGUGGGGGGGGGGGGGGGGGGGGGCACCUGUAA